AUGAUGAAGAGGGUUAAGCUUCCUCAUAUAAUGUCCAAAGAAGAAGGUAGGCUUUGGGUUUUGGGAAAUCUUCUGGUUUUCGUCAAACUGUUUAAAAAUGGUAUGGGCAUGCAUAGAGCACUUGUACCUAUAGGCAUGCGCACAGGUGUACCAGGAAUACCCAAACAUACGUUCUUUUCCACUGCUAAAUGUCCUUUCUCUCCCCCUGCUUAGGUUUCUAUGGGAAGUUUUGCAAGAGUUUGGGUUAACUUUCUCUGUUCUUCAAGAAAAAAUCAUGACUGUACACACAGUUUCAAUAUGUACAAUAAGCUGUGGUGGUUAUGGUGUUUGGAGAGUCCCUUUAACCCCUUAAGGAUACAUGUAAUAUUCCUGCAUGAUUCCCUUUUUAUUUCUGAAACUGUGUCCUUAAGGGGUUAAUUAUUAAUUAUUUGGUACGUAUUAAUAAUGAGAAUUCAAAGAGAAUUUCAAAUCUAAGGCCUGAGAGCUGAACUUGAAGCACAGCUUAAUUUUCCCAGUUCGGUUAUUUUGACCUUAAAUUUUAAAUUAACUUUAAAUUUUACCUUGAAUUCUCACUUUAUUUAAUAACCCUGUAAAUAUUAAAUACUCAGAAAUCAGUAGGGAACUGGAAUUUCCUGGUAAAAAAGGAUGUAUUCAAAGCUUAUAUUAUAUAUUCACUACUACUUUGACCCCUAAAUGGGGACAGUGGAAAACUGAAAUAACUAAAAUUAAAUACCCUGUAUAUAUAUAUACUUUUUCAGUGUUUCUUUCUCUGGCUCUGCUUCUUCUCCCCAACUCCUUUCUGUUGGUGUCCCCCAAGGUUCAGUCCUUGGUCCCCUACUGUUCUCUAUCUAUACUGCCUCCCUUGGUAAACUCAUCAGCUUCUUUGGCUUCCAUUAUCAUUUAUAUGCAGAUGACACGCAAAUCUAUCUGUCCUCUCCUGAUCUCUCUCCGCCCAUCUUGACUCGUGUCUCUGACUGCCUCUCUUCGAUUUCCAAAUGGAUGGCAGCUCACUUCCAAAACAGAACUUCUAGUUUUUCCUCACUCGAGUGUUGCUACUCCUGUGUCUGUCUCCCUCCAAGUCAACGGCACCACCAUCACCUCUACCUCGCAGGCUCGCUGCCUAGGUGUUCUCUUUGACUCCGACCUCUCCUUCACCCCUCAUGUCCAGUCACUCGCCAAAUCCUGCUGCUUCCAUCUCAAAAACAUAGCUUGCCUCCGCUCCUAUUUAACACCAGACGCGGCUAAGGUGCUGGUCCAUGCUGUUGUUUUUUCUCGCCUUGACUACUGCAAUCCCCUUCUCAGUGGUCUUAUGUGUUCCCAGAUUGCACCGCUGCAAUCUAUAAUGAAUGCGGCGGCGAGGCUAAUUUUCCUGUCCGCUCACACCUCCCACACCUCCCCCCCCCCCUCUGUCAGUCCCUACAUUGGCUUCCAGUUAAAUGUAGGACUCAAUUUAAGAUUCUGGUGCUUGCUUACAAGUCCCUACAUAAUGCUGCUCCAACCUACCUAUCCUCCCUAAUACACAAGUAUGUCCCGUCGAGGCCCCUGUGCUCUGCCCGAAGACCUACGCCUGUCCGUACUCCCACAUCUGAUGCUCGCCUCCAAGACUUCCCCAGGGCUGCACCUUUUCUGUGGAACUCCCUUCUCUUCUCCAUUAGACUUUCACCCAGUCUUCUCUCCUUCAAAAAAUCUUUGAAAACACACUUUUUCAGGAAAGAAUUUCAUCUAAACUGUUAGUGGGUUUUCAUCCCAUGAAUCCUCUCCUGCAACUGUCAAAGUAACCUACCAAGUUCUCAGUGAUUACUUUUCUAGCAACCUGUUUCAUUACCCCUACUUAUACCCUUUGUGUCACUAUACCCCACUCCCUCUAGCAUGUAAGCUCAUUGAGCAGAGCCCUCCACCUCUCUGUUCCUGUGCGUCUAUUUGUCUGGUUACAAUUAUGAGUCUGUUAGUGCACCCAUUGUACAGUGCUACGGAAUUUGCUGGUGCUAUAUAAAUAAUAAAAUAAUUAUAAUAAUAAUAAUAAUAUAUACAUAUUUUUUCUUUCUUUUUUUUUCUUUUUCUUUAUAUUUAUAUAUAUAUAUAUAUAUAUAUAUAUAUAUGAUUUUUCACUUUGCAUUGCUACUGAACAACAAUAUAGGUAACUGUGGUUUUUUCUUUUAUCGUUCUAUUACUUGCUGGCUACCCAUCCUGUUUCAAAAAUCUAAGUUUAGACUUGACUGUGUUGUGAUAAAUCAUUUACUAAACUCAUGAUGGCACGCCUGGCACAAGUUUUAUACAAUGUGUAGUUGAGGGUUCUGCUGUGUUUUUAUUUUCUCUUUCAAGUCCUCCCUUUCAUAAUGCAGAUGUCAUGACAUGGUUUAUGGGAGCACACUGCUUAUGGCAAAGGAUCCGUACUGCUAUACAAUGUGUAGCAAGCAUCACUUUCUGGUUGGUGAGAGAUCAUUGCAUUCUGCACCACACCAGUACAAGUAUAGGAAAGUGUGUGUCUAUUUUUUUUUAAAUUUGUUUUUGAAUGCAUUCUCUAAGAAAAACAUAAAAAAGAAUGGGUCAUCCAGCCUCAAGAGUCCCUUUUAGAAACUUUGUAUAUUAAUACAAGGUCACGCUGCUAUGACUUUGCAGUCAACCAACCCAAUGUCAGGGUAUUAAUCAACUCAUUUAUUCCUUAAAGGAUAGUCAGUUGCAUACUUACCAUUUGCAACCAACAUUAACCACUGGGCUCAGUUGAAGUUGAAAUUAUAGCUGACUUGCUAUUACACAUACAUUGCAAACUUGCUAUUAAAAAUCUGAAUGCUUAAAUCUAUACAAAAAUAGCUUAAUCUGAAAAAUUCUCCAACUUAACUAUAGUCAUAAUUCAGUUAUUUUAGCCUAAAAUUUGCUUUUCAAAUGUGUGAAUAAAUUCCUGGGCUACCUGCCAAUCAAAAAGGCCGGCUAACUACCAGUGGACUAUGCAGACAGCGCUGCUUAAAGGGAUUCUCUAGUGCCAGGAAAACAAACCCGUUUUCCUGGCACUGUAGAAUCUUGUUAAGCAGCGCUGAUCCCCAUCCCACUUCACUGAAGGGGUUACAGGCAGCCCCUCAGCGCUGGGUCCUGAUCCACCCACGCUCCUCCACCACUAACGUAAUCCGACGAAGGAGACCUAAUGCGCAUGCACGGCAAUGGCGGCACUCGCAUUAGGGUUUCCCCAUGGGAAAGCAUUAUUAAAUGCUUUCCUAUGGGAAUCCUGGUGACGCUGGAAGUCCUCAUGCAUAGCAUGAGGAUGUCCAGCUUCCCUUAGACGAACAAAGAUCGUCUAAGCACCCGCAAGUCCCUCUAGUGGCUGUCUUGUAGACAACCACUAGAGGAGGACUUAACCCUGCAGGGUAAUUAUUGCAGUUUCUCAGAAACUGCAAUAAUUACCAUUGUGGGGUUAAGUGACAUGGGACAUUGCACCCAGACCACUUCAAUGAGCUGAACUGGUCUGGGUCCCUACAGUGUCCCUUUAAGCACUCCGAGACAGCGCUGUUUAAGUAUGAAUGCAUCUAACGAUGUGUUCCCUCUAUGCUUUUUGAGGAAAGUUCCCUGAUGUCCCCUAGCACUCACUUGUCCUCUCCUCUCCUUACCUUCUUACUAUAAGGAAGUAGCUCCUGCUAUGCAGCCUGGGACAGAGAAAUUAGUGAAUGUAGAAUUAAGGGGACAUGCCACAGUGUUAGAAAGACUGAAACAGAAAGAACAUUUGCACAGUGCGCAAAGUAAACUUUGUCUUAACUAAUUUAUAGUCAGCCAAUUCACACAAGUUUUGUUCCCCUACAUCCCUUCUAAGUUCUAAAUGGUGGGGAGGAACAAAAAGAGACCAAGCUCCAGCCUCACACUCCCAUCAGCCACAGCCAGCAUCAGCAGGACCCCCAAGGAAACCACCAUCAUAAACACAAAAAGUUUUUUAACAUGAGGGUGGCUACAAAUAUAAAAAGUAUGACAAGUAUGUGUGUAUCUAUCUAGGUCUGUGUCAGAUUGUGUUUGUGUAUCUGUGUGUCAGUGUGUGUGUAUGUGUCAUUGUGUAUACCUGUGUCAGGGUGUGUGUAUGUGUCACUGUGUGUAUGUAUGUAUGUAUGUAUGUGUCAGUGUGUGUAUCUGUGUGUCAAGGUGUGUGUACCAGUGCCUGUAUCUUUGUCAGAGUGUGUGUAUGUACCAGUGAGUGUAUCUUUGUCAGGGUGUGUAUGUGUCAGGGUGUGUGUAUGUGUCAGUGUGUAUAUCUAUGUGUCAGGUUGUGUGGAUUAAAACACCAAAUUAUAUCUUCGUUGCAUAUAUAUAUACACACUCACACAUACAACAGUAUUCAAAUGGUAUUCAGCAAUGUAUAAAACAAUCUAAAAUUAAAAAAGCAUUUUUUAAAUCAUAUUUUUAAUCAUACUAUUAUGAUUAUACAUUGGUGAGAAUCAAAGGGACACAACAGACCCUCUAAACCACUUCAGCUCGCUGAGGUGCUUUAUGUGUGAACAGUCUGUCCUCUUUAUUUAAUUUUACAAAAAGUGCAGAUAUCAAGAGAAAUUGUCACUUUUAUACAUUAACCUUAUUACACCCCGACUGCCUGUUACUACCUGGUUUGUUUAGCUCAAUGGAGCUAGAGGCAGUUGCCCAGAGCACCUGCCUUGAAAAGACUUCUCAUUGAGCUACAUUGGGAAGUCUGUGAUUGGACAGCCAUAGAAGUCUGGGCGGGGAUAGAAGGGGAGGGCUUGCAAAGGCAGCAGACAAGAUAUCUGCAGCAUUUGCAAGUUGCUGUUAUUUAUACCCAAAGUUUUAAAAUAUGUAUAAUUAAAUGCAUGCAUGUUUCCAUUGGGGUCUCAUCUAAUAAACAGUGAGUUUUCAUUUUUUAAAUUUUUUUAUUUGGGCAGUGAAGUGUCCCUUUAAAGCAGGGUUGUCCAAACUCUGGCCUUCCAGCUGUCGCUGAACUACAACUCACAUGAUUAAUUGAAUUAAAUAGAUAGUCAUUGAAUCAAGAGAGUUGUAAUUCAGCAACAUCUGGAGGGCCAGAGUUUUGAGAACCCUGCUUUAAGGGAAGGGAAUUCAGGGGUAGGAAAAUGAGGUGAGGGGUUGAGAAAUCCACAAUAGAUCUGUCAAGCAUUGAAGUAAAGAAAAUAUUUGAAUUCCUUGCACCAAAUGCACCUUUGUUUAUUUGAAUACCAUUUAAAACGGCACUAUGUUGUGUGCGUUGUUUUUUUUUUCUCUUUCCAUUUUCGUUUUCCUAUGCCCCUGGUAUCUUGAGGAUUAUGCCUUUAUAUAUAUUUGUUUCUUCCUUGCACUGAAUCUCAUUGCCUGGGCGCCCUCACUUUGUUGUCUUAGCACUUCUUUUGAUUGAUGGAUUAUGGGUAAAUCAUAACUAGGGGCGGGAAUGUACUUUGGCCCACUAAAUCUGUAAAAUAAAUAAAUACAUACAUUUUGUGUAUUCCUUUGCACCACUGCCAAUCCCCUUUUGUUAGGGAAAUUACUUAUGCACAGGCACACAUGUUGAUAUACAUAGACUCCUACACUGACUAAUAUACACACUCAUUCAUCCACACACAGACUUAGAUUUUUAUUAUGAUUAUUUUUAUUAUUUUAUUUUUUUUAAAUAAAACCCAGCCUCCCUUUUCUUACCUUUAAAGGGACAGCUGGCGUGGAAUCUCAUUCUGGUGUUUAAUGGGGAGCUUCAGUUAUCAGUGUCUGUACUGAGUGACGUCAUAUGCCAGCUCCAGCAUCAAUGCAGGGUGCACAAAAGAACUGGGUAAUCAGUACAGAGACUGAUUCCAGCAGCCCCUUGGGUGCCCACUCUGCAGCUACAAUGACAGAGCAGCCGCGCAGCACCAUGCAUGCAACAUGCUGGUAAAUAGGUGCCUGCUAUGGCUCCCUCUACCUCCUUGUCACCCUGGGAGGACUGCCCCCCUCAUGUGCUUCUGAGAAGGCCCAUUUAAAAAAAAAAUGUAUAACUAAAAAAACUAAAAGGAAUUUCUACAUUAUAAAAAACAAGGGAAAUAGAGGGACAAAAAUUCAGUUAAAAACAACACCUAUAAAGUGUAAGUGUUGCUUUAAUCUGGUUGUUUAUGAAACCUGUCUGCGUUCUCUGUCUUGGAUCAUCAUGCGAAGUGGUCCACAUGUGUUAGAGAUGGGGAUUGGGAGAGAAUAAGCUUAUUAUACCAUCUCCUAAAUAUACUCAUCUAUGUGCUUGUGAGAGGGCAUUUAGAUAAAUGGCAGGUCCUCAGGAGUUAGGAUUUCCAGAGAAGUGGCAUGAACUCCAGCACAACGCAAGUGUCUGCAGAGUAUAUUAAUAGGCUAUGAAACUGUGAAUAUUUUAAAGAAUUUAUUAUUAGACUUUUGUAAGACCACCAUUUAACUGGAACAAGCUAAGCUAUUCUUUCCAAUUUGACAAUAUAGGCUAAUAUAUAUAUAUUUUUUGUCUAUCUGUUUUUUAUUUCAGACAAAAUACAUGCAAUACAGAAAUGAGAAGAAUUAGUCAUAACAAAUAUAUACUUGAAAAAAAUAUAUGAGGAAUGCACAGGGCAUGAAAACCUGAAUUGUACUGCCUCUUUAUUUUGAAAUACAAAAUUUGGACUUUUACAAUAUUGGCUAAUAUUUGCAAUUUAUUUUCUGCAAUGUCCAGUUUACUUAACAAAGCACCCACAUUGUGCUCACUUACAGAUGUUCACAGAGAUGAUAUUUUAAUAUUUAUAACAUUUUCUACCAAUGUAUUGGUAUCUAUCCUGUUGUUACAGACGUUUAUAGAAUUUUAUGCAACAUUUCUUUGGGCUGUUAUUGUGCUUUGACCUUAAACCUAAUUGACUAGAACACAAGGGGCCUGUAAUGCACUAUCUGAUAAUGUGUCUUCUUAAAAGGGUUAACCCAUUGUUUACUGGCUGCUGCUGAAGAAGGCGGAUAAACUUCAGUAUUUAAUAAGCUGGGUCUUUGAUUUGUUUUGUACCACUGGGGAUUACACACAUUCAUUAUCAUAAUGGCCUGCCUCUCUCUCUCUCUCUCUCUUUCUCUCUCUCCCCCCAAACCAGUUAUGGGAGAAUACUUGUCUUAAGAUCCUGGGUCGGAUUUUACUUGUGCUGGUAAAUCCACCGGUACAGGCGUUUUUUUCCUGAUGGCUAAGAAGCAAGCUCUUUUUAUUGGAGAAUUCAGUGCUUUAAAUACAGCUUGAUCACAGUGCAGACAGGGCAAUAAUCCCAGGAGGGUUUAAGAUGCAUCAGUACUUUAAAAUGCCUUUUGCAUCUUAACCUCUCAGCGACUAAUACUUUUUAAAGAACAUUCUGAUCCUUAAAGAUCGUCUUUCAAUAUAUCUCAUGCCGGUAUUAAAAUAAAACAUCAACAGGACAUUCAAAAAUGGCAUAUCGUCUUUGGGGACUAGGCUGUGAUAAAAGCAAUGCUGUAUCAUUUGGUCCUUAAGAGGUUAAAUAAUAAUAUAAAAGCAUUUUGGCAGGAAGGAUACAUUUGUGGUUUUUUUUUAUUAGCAGUGAAGCCUUAUUUCAAAGUCUGAUGGGGGAUGUUUAAGGGGGCAUGGUUAUUUGUAAUUCAUGCUGCAGCCCCCCCAUUGAAAGGACUCUCCAAUUCCAACAUACAAAAUAUAUAUUUUUUUUAAAUCAAUGUUUAGUAGAAACAUUCCAAAUUAAAACAUGCAUGGAUUUAAUUAUGCAUUUUUUAAUUGGGGGUGAAUCUAAAAAGCUGCAUCUUUUGUCUAAAGCGUAUUAAAGUUCAAUACAGAAUGAGGGGCACAACCAGUAAAAACUUUAUUAUAAAAAACAAAUUUGCAUGGUACCUAUGAAUAACAUUAAAACAUAAAUAAAGAUAAAUAGGGCUAAUUAUCUGUACAUCAUGAAAAAAACCAUGUACAUGAAUAACACAUAUCAGUGCAAAGAAUACAAAGUAAAACGUGAACAAAUAAGAAAGAAGAAAUAGAAAACCUCAGAAAAAAUGGUAAAAUAAAUAUUAUCAUACAAUAUAGACUAAAACAUUGGGUACCAAAACAACUACAAAACAAAAUACCAAAAUAAGGAAUACAAGAGAAUUAUAAGAAAAUGAGAAUAUCCAAGGAAAGAAAGAAGAAAUGCCCCCAAUGUUUUGGCGGAACGCCUUUACCAAGAUAGCACAUUGAAAGGAAAAUAUCUGAAAAUGUUGGAUACUCCCGAUCCUUACAUGAACCCUCCAAGCACCAUAACCACUACAGCCACAAACAUGCACACGAAUGGCGUAGAAUUGAAUAAUUUACUUAAUUACUUAAUCCACUGUCUAUGGAGCUGACCAAACUUUCAUGUGUUAUUUGAAACUGGUUCCAGCGUUAAUUUUGUUAAACUCAAGCUAUCUUUUUAGUUUAUGUUGGAGUGGUUUCUCUUUAGAUGAUUCCCAAACCGGUGAGACAUCCGAUGAAAAAACUGGUAAACACGGUUUUCAUUACUCCUUUGACAGUGCCAGGAAGGCUAUCCAGUGGAUUAUCGCCAAUUCCCCUUUUAUCUUUCAAUAUUAAUGAAUGAGGCAUUUUGCCCUAAAAACUGGUGCCUUAUUCUAUUAAUUCCUUAAAUAUUCAGACCAACACCUAAAUCUGGAGUGUGUGAUAGCAUCUUCCUUCCUUCAAGAUGUUUUCUGUGUGUUUGGUUUGAAGCUUUGAGACAUUUCAUAUUGCUAUAGAACGUUUUGUGACAGGUGCUACUGUACACUUGAUACUACUAUGACAGUGCACUAUGCACAAUGCAUUUUUCAUAAUUUCUUUAUUUCCUGAAUGUGUCAAUCCAUUUCUAGGUUUCCUUUCCAAAUGUUUACACUUAAAUUAUCAAAAUCAAUAUAUCACACUGGACAACAAUCAGGAUUAUUCACUAAAGUGAGCAUUGUUGAGAAUUCCAAGUGAAUUUCAUAUUUAAGGGCAAAGUAGUUGAGACGGAAGUAUAGUUGACUGGGAGUAUUGUUUCAAAUCACUUUGAAUUCCUGACAAUUUUCAAUUUAGUAAAUUACCUCGUGUGAAUAAAUCUGAUUGAAAUACGUCAGGAGGUCAUAAUUGCUCAUGCCUCCCAACCAUCCCAAUUUCGUCGGUACAGUCCUGCUUUUGGGGACAUCAGGGAUCUGUCCCCAAAACAUUGAGUGCAAGUGCAUCACUUGGACAGAGAGAACAGAAACAGUGCUUCCUGCAUGUGCUGCUCUUAAUGGGCUGGCUGGCUUGAUUGGCAGACAACCUGACGUGCAUUUACGCAAUCCAGACCUGCAAGUAAUUCCGUGGAGACAUAACGCAACGGCAUCACUAAACCGACCCCUUUAUGCCCCUCCCACCAGAAUCUCACUUAAUGGGGUUCUAUAGUGUUAGGAAUAUAACGUUUUAUUCCUAACACUAUAGUGCCCUCUGGUCCCCCAUCCCUCGCGACCCCCUCCGGCAUGUAAAGGUUUAAAAAACUGAUUGACAGCUGCUAGAAACAGUUUUACUCCUGCAAGGUAAGCAUUGCAGUUUCUGUAAACCUGCAAUGAUUCACAUUGCACGACUAAGUUCGAACAAGGACACUGCACCCAGACCUCUUCAAUGAAAUGAAGUGGUCUAGGUGCCUAUAGUGUCCCUUUAAGUAUGUACUUGUAUGACUUUCUUCCUAAAAGUCUAGUACCUGUACUCUGUGAUUUUGACCUGGACUAAUAAAAGGGUCUUGGUGAUUAAUGUAUGUUAUUGGGAGUUGGAUGGAAAAUUUCCCUGCUAAUCAGGAACCAAACAGCAGUUCUGUCUUGUGGUACACAUUCUCAAUAAUUAUUCUGGGUUGAGGAGGACAUCUGGUCAUACUGUCAUAAAAGUGUCUGACAGCAUGUGGCAUUCAUAUGCAGGAGCAAUUAAUGGAAUCAAUUAUUUGCAAUGGCUCCUAUGGGAUUCUCACCGUGAUUAGGUAAUUGAUUUGCACAAAUCAUUUAAAUUAACAAAUGGCGAAAUAUAAACAACAUUAAUUCUAAACAAAAACUUAAACUGAACACUUAACAAUUUUCAUUUUUCAGUGUUCAUUAUACAUCCCCCAAGACUUGUAACAGAGAGACCAGAAAAAAAUAUUGUUUUUGUGACUAAAUAUUGCCAACAUAUCUGAAUAUGUGACAUAUGUCUUCAAAACAUGCACUUAAACUAAACUGUCUGAGCCUGAAUCUUGAUGCUUCAGGUAUUUGGGAGUAUUUGUGUAGGUAGAUGUUUUCCAGAAACAUGAGCCGGGGAACAUUAAUUUACCACAUUAUAUUGACAGAGAUUGGGCUGCAUAUAAUGAGAAAGAAAAGAAUGAUAUUCAUGUUUUAAAAAAAAUAAUAAUACAAAUAUUAAAAUCUGUGAGGCCAGGAUGCUUCCACUAUUUGUGUUUUCUAGUUACAGACUGGUUGACGAAACACAAGUAGUUGAAGCGUUUAUAAUUCUGUAUAUUUCACAGUUAUGUGGUCCACACGGAGCACGUUUUAUGCUCAGUUUAAUGUGAGUGCAUAGUUAGAAUACAUACUCCACAUAUUUAUUAGACAUAUUAAGAGAAAGCAUUAUAUUAUUCUUUGCCUUCAUCUAUAGCAGGAGAGCCCAGAUGUUUUAAAACGACAGCUUCCAUGAUGUCUUGUCAUUCUAAAGACAAGCAAAGCUUCGUAGGAGUUGUAGUACUACAACAUCUGGGGAUCUAACGUUUGGGCACCCCUGAUCUAGGUGUGUUUUGCGAUGUAAUCUAAACAAAGGAAAUUGUAAACCAUUCAGGUGAAUUUCAAUAUUUGUCAAGAACUGUUUCAAUUCUCUAUCUAUGUUUCCAGAUAAUUUUAUGUAAAUCUAGAAAUUUCAUGGAGUCUAUGUCCAAGGUGCUUUAAUGUGGCCAUGUAUGAAUGAUGGUUACUGCAGUAGAGCACUUUCCCUGGGUGAUGAGGAGGGACACGUACAAGUAUUUUGGAGCACUGGUUAAAUGAUUAAAGUAUUUUUCUUCUAGCAGGAUUAUUCACUAGACUGAGAAUUCAAAGUGAAUUUCAAAUUUAAGGAAAAGCAGCUAAAAAUGGAAAUAGCUGACUGAAGGAAUGUUUUCAGUGUGACAAUUUUUACCGUGACGUUGAAACUCUCUCAGAAUUUCCACUUUACUAAAUACAGUAUAUUGAAUAUUGAAUUCUCUAACAGGCAUAUUCACUUGAGUCAGAAUAGUCAGGAAUUCAAAUGUGACUGAAUGUCUAAUUUUUAAAGCCAAAAUAGCCAAACUGGAAAGAUUGUCCAAGUCAGCUAAGCUUUCAGUUCAGGUAUUUUGGCUUUAAACUCACCUUAAAUUCUCACUUGAUUGGAAAACCCUGUAAUGUUAGUACAUGAAGAAUGAACACCACAAACAAUCCCCUGAUCUAAAGAUAUGCUCUGGACCCCUAAAGUACUUUAGCUUUCUGAAAUGCUUUAUGUGUCAAGAGUGUGUCCUCAUUUUUUCAUUUUGCUAAAAGUGCAGAUUUCAAUAGAAAUUGACAUGUUCAUAAAUUAACCUGGUAACACCCCCAUGGCUUUCAAGCAGCCAAUUGGAUCUGUUACUUCCUGGUUUGGUUAGCUCAGUGGAGGCAGCAAUUUCAAAGAGCACCUGCCUUGCAAAGAAUUCUUAUUGAGUGGCAUCGGGGAGUCUGUGAUUGGACAGGCCCAGAAAGUUUUGGAAGGGCUAGAAGAGGAAGUCUUGCAAAAGCAGCAUACAAGAGAACUGCAGGUUUUACAAGCUGUUUUUAGAUUCACCCCCAAUGAAAAUGUGCAUAUUUAAAUGCAUGCAUUUCAUUGGUGGUAUAUCUACUAAACAGUCAUUUUAAUUUAUUUUAUAUUUGGGCAGAGGACUGUCUCUUUAACCCCUUAGUGACCUCGGUAGUAUCAAGUACGUCUGGCAAAAAAUGGGUCGUUAACGACCUCGGACAUACCUGAUAUGUCCGCAACAAAUUUGAGCGCUGGAAGCUUGAGCACUGUCGAGGCAUCCUGCAAUACCUACCCUGACUGCCGGGCGCCCGGCAGUGAAGCAGAGCAUUGGAAGCCAUCCGGCAGGCUUCUGAUGCUCUGCUUGUCUGCUGAGUGCCUCGAGGGGUCGAGGCACUCAGCAACAUAGAAUGUGAUGGCAGAUAAGAACCUUUUGGCCCAUCUAGUCUGCCUAAUUUACUAAAUACUUUCAUUAGUUCCUGGCCUUAUCUUAUAGCUAGGAUAGUCUUAUGCCUGUCCCACGCAUGCUUAAACUCCUUUACUGUAUUAACCUCUACCACUUCAGCUGGAAAGCUAUUCCAUGCAUCCACUACCCUCUUAGUAAAGUAAUACUUCCUGAUAUUAAUUUUAAACAUUUGCCCCUCUAAUUUAAGACCACAUCCUCUUGUUGUGGUAGAUUUUCUUCUUUUAAAUAUAGUCUCCUCCAUUACUGUUUUGAUUCUCUUUAUAUAUUUAAAUGUUUCUAUCAUAUCCCCCCUGUCUCGUCUUUCCCCCAAGCUAUACAUGUUAAGUUCCUUUAACCUUUCCUGGUAAGUUUUAUCCUGCAAUCCAUUAACCAGUUUAGUUGCCCUUCUCUGAACUCUCUCUAAAGUAUCAAUACGGUCUCCAAUACGGUCUCCAGUACGGCGUACAAUACUCUAAGUGAGGUCUCACCAGUGUUCUCUACAAUGGCUUGAGCACUUCCCUCUUUCUACUGCUAAUACCUCUCCCUAUACAACCAAGCAUUCUGCUAGAAUUUCCUGCUGCUCUAUUACAUUGUCUGCCUACCUUUAAGCCAUCUGAAAUAAUUACCCCUAAAUCCCUUUCCUCAGAUGUUGAAAUAUUCUGUACUCUGCAUUAUCCACAUUAAAUGUCGGUUGCCACAACUCUGACCAUUUUUCUAUUUACCUAAAUCAUUUGCAAUUUGGCUUAUCCCUCCUGGAACAUCAACCCUGUUACAUAUCUUAGUAUCAUCAUCAAAAAGACAUACCUUACCAUCAAGACCUUCUGCAAUAUCACUAAUAAAAAUGUUAAAGAGAAUGGGUCCAAGUACAGAUCCCUGAGGUACCCCACUGGUGACAAGCCCGUGCUUCGAAUAUACUCCAUUGACUACAACCCUCUAGUGCAUGUCACUCAGCCACUGCCUAACCCAUUCAACAAUAUUGGAAUCCAAACUUAAAGAUCAAAAAAGUUUGGCAUCACGAACACCGACUUAUAGCCCCAGAUACACCCGCCACCACAAGAACCUUACUUAACUGGGAUACGAUCAAACCUCAAUUAGGUUACACAAAGAAAUGACAACUCCAAUAUACUGCAUACACUUGGCAAACCCCACAUUUGACCAUCGCAUAUGGGCUGAGCGAGGGUGCACGCUAGUUAGACACUCUAUAAUCAAGGGACAAUGAGACAUUCCCAGACUUACAACGCAGUUACGACCUGCCACAAAGAGCAAUAUUUUCCUAUCUGCAACUAAAAGGAAUACUAACGGACUCCACUGCCCUGACAACCCAGACAUAUGCGCAACACAUAGAGAAAGCGUGCGAGUCUAGGACAAUGCCCAAGAAACCGCUCUCCCUGAUGUAUGCAACACUAAAUAACCCAACUCAACAGACACCACCACAGAUAGACAAAUUCAUAGAGGCAUGGCAUAGGGACCUAAAUACAACUUUCUCAAAGGAACAAUGGAAUCAGGCUUUUACAGCCCAUAAAGGCAGAUCCAGAUGCGCAUCCCACCUAGAGCUAAUGCGCAAGAUCCAGUAUAGGUGGUAUUUAGUGCCAACCAGACUGGCAAACAUAUACCCCAACACCUCACGGCUAUGCUGGAGAUGUUUACAAGAUGAGGGCACGAUGUUCCACAUUUGGUGGACCUGCGCGGCCAUCAGGGGAUACUGGAGGACAGUUGAAGGGAUGCUAAAGGGGGCACUGAACUCAGGAAACAAUCUGAAACCAGAAACUGCUCUACUCUUCAUAUCCCUAGACCCACUCCCAAAAGCACAUGCUGGCCUAACAUACCACAUACUGAUAGCUGCCAACCUAUUAAUAGCCAGAGGGUGGAAACAACCAAGGCCACCGGAGAGAUCUAGCCUUAUCCAACAGAUCUCCCUAAACCUAACAUAUGAAACGAAGACUAGCCAGCUGAUGCGCCCAUCACACCACUUAAGGGACGCCAGGCGAAUAUGGGAGGCAUACCUGAAGAAGGUUGAGGAGGGGGAGGGGCUCGAACACUAACGAGAGCAAAGGGGAAGAAAGAGGAGAAAAAAAAAAAAAAGGUACCACGAAUACUACCUAACCACUCAGGCGCAGAGAGGCCACAAACCCUAUCACCAAGGUUCGAAAACAGGCAUUGUGAUAAACCCAGCUGAAGACAAAUAAUUCAUUAGGCAAAUGCGGAACAACCACCCACACUGUACAUAGUUACCCAGGGGACAAGAGGCAGGAACCAAACAAAGUAUGACAACCAAGGAGGAGACAUGGAGUGAUACGGUGCUCUUGCAGCCCGCUCCCCCAUCUCUUCUCCCAAUACCCGAACCCCUGUUUCCCCCAUCCCCCUUACCCAACCCCACAUUCAACGCAAGGUUAUGAGGGUCAGACAAGUCGGACAGGGUACAUGAUCAUGGUCAAAAAAGUGGGGGAGGUACUCCCACAAAGUUGAAUACCUGGCCUGGUUCCCGAAUGUAUAAAAUGUAUCUUGAAGCAUUGUACCUCAACUGCAUACCCUCCCCUUUUUCCUUUCUGUACCCCAACAUGUUCUCUGAUAAAAUAAAAAUUGUCAAAUUGGAAAAAAAAAAGUUUGGCAUAAUCUCCCUAAAGUAAACCCAUGUUGUCUCUUAUCUUGAAAUCCAUGUGAUUUUAGAUGUUCAACAAUACUAUCCUUUAACAUGGUUUCCAUUACUUUCCCCACUACUGAAGUAAGGCGUACUGGCCUAUAGUUGCCGGACUCCUCCCUACUACCUUUCUUGUGAAUGGGCACAACAUUCGCCAACUUCCAAUCUUCUGGGACUACUCCUGUGUUCCAUCAGGCCCCAUUGACUUAUGUGUCUUUACUUUUGACAGUUGAAAUAGAACAUAUUUCUCUGUAAACUCACAUGUAACAAAUUACUUUCCUUUAUUUUCAUCUGUAAAUACUGAACAAAAAUAUUCAUUGAGGCUGUCAGCUAGAGCUUUAUCCUCUUCUACAUACCUUCCUUCUUUUGUUUUUAAUCUAACUAAUCCUUGUUUUACUUUCCUUUUUUCAUUUAUGUAUCUAAAAAAUGUUUUGUCCCCUUUCUUUUACUGACUGUGCUAUUUCCUCUCCUGUGUGUGAUUUUGAAGCUCUUAUAACUUGCUUAGCCUCUUUCUGCCUAAUCUUAUAGAUCUGUCUAUUUUCCUCAUUUUGGUUUCGUUUUUAUAAUUACUAAAUGCUAACUUUUUGUUUUUUUUACUAUUUUAGCCACAUCUGUGGAGUACCACCAGGGUUUCUUGAAUUUUUUGCUUUUACUGACAAGGCUCAUGUAAUUUUUAAAUGCCUUCAGCAGUGCAACUUUUAAAUAAUCCCAUUUCUCUUGGACUCCAUUUAAAUUGCUCCAGUCUGAUAAUGACUCCUGUACACAUCUUUUAAUUUUCGAAAAGUCUGUUUUUCUUUUCAAAGUCUAAAACGUUUGUUUUUGUGACUAAGUCACUGUUCUUAUAUUAAACCACACUGACUGAUGAUCACUGAAUUCUAAACUUUCACCUACAGUAAUAUCUGAUACCAAAUCUCCAUUUGUUAACACUAAAUCUAGUAUGGCCUCUUUACGAGUUGGCUCCUCAACGACUUGUUUUAGAGACAAUCCCAGUAGUGAGUUUAGAAUAUGUGUUCUCCUGGCACAAGCAGCUAUUUUGGUUUUCCACUUCACAUCGGAAAGAUUAAAGUCACCCAUGAUGAUAACUUCCCCCUUCAUUGUCAUUUUAGCUAUUUUCUCAAGUAGUAGAUCAUCUAACUCUUCUAUUUGUCCUGGGGGCCUAUAAAUCACACCCACACGAGUUACUGUGUGAUUCCCAAAUUCUAACGUAGCCCAAACGAACUCUUUGUUUGGCUUACUAACUUUUAUUAGGCUAGAUUUAAUGCUAUCUUUCACGUACAGGUUUAAAUAAAUUCUAGCAAAACCUCUGAACUGCUCACUAAGAACAUUUGUUCCCUUUUAAAAAAGAUGCAAACCAUCUUUUUUGUACAGUUUAUUUCCAUUCCAAACAGAGCUACCAUGAGAAACAAAGCAAAAUCCUUAAGUAAAAUUAAUAAAAUAAAAUUUUUUACAAAUAAAAUAUAAGUAAACCCCCCCCCCCCCGGACCUCAGACGUACCUAGUACGUCCAAGGUAUUCCUAAUUACUUACCUGAUCGCCCCAUUCCCCCGCCGGCGAUCGGUCUUGCUCUCCAUCUGGGGGGACUGUCUGAUGGCUCAGACAGUCCCCCCUCUGCAAAUUAGGCACCCUGUGGGCCAUGUGAUCACUCUGAAAGAACGGUCACAUGGCCACAAUAGGCGUCCAUAGUGUUGCCUGGAAAUUUGAAAUUUCUUUAUCUCCUGCUCUGUUAAUAGCUUGUUAGACUCUGCAUGAGCCUCAUGUGAGUAAUUAAAGUUCAAUUUAAAGAGCAGGAGAUAAAAACUUUUCAAGUAAGUUAACUUUGAUUGAAAAUAAAACCAUUUUGUUUUCGCGCAGACUGUGUGAGCCACAGCCAGGGAAGUGUGGCUAGGGCUGCAUAAACAGAAACAAAAGUGAAUUAACUCCUAAAUGGCAGUGAAACUUCAGAGGCAUGAUCUAUACACCAAAACUGACCACAAUAUCAUCCAUAUCUCCCCAUCAUCCCCUUCUGCUCCUCAUUAAUUACAUUUUCUUUGCAAAAAUGUGGUGUGUGUGUAACUACACAUGUAUUGCUCUUUAUUCCUUACAAAAAAAAUAAAAUAAAAAUUGGGCUUUAUUACUUCUCAUUGAGAGUAUAAGAUUGCGAGUGCGCUUGCUGCUUUCAAUGACAAGCGUCUGGUCAAUUCCCCGGCACAGCGUGAAAAUCUGUGCUGGGGUAAGAAAUAUAGGUUUGUGAAAGCUGCAGAUAGCAGCUCUGCAGCUUUUGUACGUUUUUAUAUAACCUAAAAGAAAACAUCCAAAUGAAAAUACAUGCAUGCUUUUUUGGGGAGUAUAUAUAGUAAAUUGUUUAAUAUAUAUUCUAUCUAUCUAUCUAUCUAUCUAUCUAUCUGUCUAUCUUCAUAAAUAUCCAGAUAUGUUUAUAUGGAGAAAUGAAAACGUAUCAGGAGGGGAGGGUAUUUGAUAACACUUGGUCCUGGGGGCAGCAGAAAUUCUUAUUCGGUCAUUGCUGUAUUUUGCAUUUUCUUCUAUAAUACAUAAAUAUAUAUUUCUAAACUCCAUUAUUAAAAUUGCAACAUGGUGGACUAAGAAACAAAACUGGUACUUGCAUUAAUAUAGUUCUGUUUUUUAUCACUGACUUGGUUACUGCCAUAGAACAUCAGAGCCACGUACUGUCUAAAAAAGAAUAAGAAUAACUUUUUUUUUUGUUUCAGAAUAAAUCACUGAAUAUUAUUGAUCCACAGCACCCAAUGACCCCACUUGUCAUAGAAACUUAUAUUUACAUCUCUUUCUUGACCUUUGUUUUCCUAGGGGUCCAGUUUAAUGAAAUAUUUACUCUCCAGCCAUCAAUAGCGCAACCACAAUAAAAUACUGCUACUACUGCUAAUACUGCACAUCGCAAUAAGAUAAAGGCAAACAUGAAGCACUGAGCAUGCAAGGAAGAAAACAUUUACAUUUAUAUGUAUUUUCUAUAGUAUAUCUAUAGUAUAUAUAGUAUAGAUUUUGGGCUUUUUUUGGCAGAUCGUAUUAGGAUGUGCAUUUGAAGAAAAACUGCAAUUUAAAAGUUAAUUAAAAUAUACUAAUUUAAAAAUUAGAUACUGCACAUUUUGAUCCCAUAAUAACUGUUGAUAUUAAUAAAAAUAAAUAAAUAUAUAACAGACUAACCUAAACACAUACAGAACUUACCAUUGAAACCUUAUAGGGACUGGGACGACAAUUUGACCCAGCAUAAUGGUGUGCAUGGACACACUUGAGUAAGCCUAACAUGUGGUAUUCUAGGCAAUGAGCCAGAGGUCUUGUCCCCUGCUACCUCUUGUCUCAAAUCCCCUUUGUAUCCUUUAGAUUGUAAGCUCACGGGCAAUCUAGAUAAUCACUUUGUAUAAAAGAGCUACAAUGGCUUGUUAUCAGCUUGCGGGCAGGGUUCUCUAUACCUCUUGUAUUUGUCUGUGUAUAUUGUACGUUCUCCACUACUUGUACAGCACUGCAGAAUCUGUUGGCGCUUUAUAAAUACCAGUAAUAAAUAAAUAAAAAAUAUAGCUAGUUUGAGGCACCAGGGAGAUCAGAACCUUUGAUGGCACUGAUCAUCAUACUAGGAGCUCCUAUGGCUUAAGGGCAGUAAAGCAGGCCCAGGACUGCAAAGUACCCAGGUCCAAAUCCCCUGUUGGGCACUUCUGGGGUGACCAUGUUAUGGUUUUAAGAACGCCCUGGGCAUGAACAGGCUCUUUAUGAUGGCAGUACGCAUUGUCGGUUUCACUAUCUGAAUCAAGAAAGUCCUUGUAGUCAAAGUCCAAAGAGUGGAGUCCCUGAUCAGUGUGAGGCUCCAUAGUACCAGCUUCUGGUAUAGCUGGAGAGCAGUCAAGGUCUUUGAUGUAGGUGGUGAAGUACUUCUCAUACCUCAGCAGGAUCGGAAUUUGCGCCUAGCAAUGCCUUCUCGAACUGUAGUAAAUCUUUAGUAUGGACCAUUAGAAGCAAAGGCACAAUCUGAAAGUAGGUCUUAUUUGGGCUUGCAGGAAGUAGUGAUGGUGUCAAUAAAAGUAAUUACAGGAGGAGGUGCAGAUGUCUCAGGAACGGAAGGUGGAGACUUCUCAGGAGUACUGGGUAUGUUGUUUACCAUAGUCUGGGUACCCUUUUUAGAGGGGAAAGGUUCAAAAAUAAUUUCACAAAGUAUUACUUUACAGAGAGGGUAGUAGAUACAUGGAAUAGCCUUCCAGCUGAAGUGGUAGAGGUUAACAUAGUAAAGGAGUCUAAGCAUGUGUGGGAUAGGCAUAAGGCUAUCCUAACUAUAAGAUAAGGCCAGGGACUAAUGAAAGUAUUUAGAAAAUUGGGCAGACUAGAUGGGCCGAAUGGUUCUUAUCUGCCUUCACAUUCUAUGUUUCUAUGAUUCUAUGUUUCUUUUCCCACUCUGGUGCAGCUGUGCUUAAUUAAUAAUGGAGUCAAGGAAGUGGUGGCAUCAUACCCUGUUGGCUUCAGUCAGGACAGAGAGGGACACAGCACAUUAUUACACAUAAUCCCUUAGCUAUCAAAUUAGGCAACUAUAACUAAAGUUCCAAGAGAUGUAUAACUGCAGAACUUGUUUCUUCCUGUGGACAUAGAUAUAAUACUUGCAACCAAUGCACUAAUGCAAUAGUUACAGAUUGUUAUCAAUUUGUGGUUAUGUCUGUAUUAACUUGACAUAAAAUUGGAUAAACAUUUAAUAUAACUUUCAAUGACCGAUACAGACUAUUUGUUUACUUACCACAGAAAUGAAACUGUUUUGUGUAUACGAGCACAUUGUUCCAACAUUUUAAAUGAAAUUAGUUCAGACAUACCAGUAAUACUGAAGGAUUCACAAAUGUUUAUCUUCGUCAGGAUCCUUCAUUAAACAACUGUGAAUUGUUUCAAACUCACCACGAAAUAGCACAUUAUCUAGUCGGCUGCUUUGGCCUAGAUUUCCAGUUCCAGACAAUUUAUGGUUUAGUAAAUAACCUUGACUGUGUAACACAAAAUAUAUGAAAUUAAAUGGAAAGCCAACCAUUUUAUAUAUUGUAAAUAACAUUUCUGUAACAGUGUUCCAUAUUUUCCAGCUACUAUCCGAUAUGAUUAGUGUGAAUGUGCUUUACAUAUCGGGGUAUAAAGCUCUGAUCUUCUAUUACACAGCAGGAUACAAGUAAAAGGCAUUGCCUUGGUGUGGUGACAAAUAGGAUGUCUGGGAUGUAACUCCCUCAGGAUGAAUGUUUGACUAAUGGGAAUAGGACUGAAAUCAGCUGUAAAAUGUUUGACUAAUGGGAUAGGACUGAAAUCUGGUAUAAAGCAAUCAGUACUGUGAGGGUGGAUGCAGGGUUCAAGGCUAACAUCAUAUAUCAUUGGGCACCAAUACAAACAUACAAUUCUGGACUUCUAGCACACCCUGAAAGCCUCUCCCCAAUCCCUUUACUUUCAGUCCAUUGUUUUUGAUUGUACACCAUGUCCACUACAGUUCACUCUCUUUGUAGACCCUGACGACCCGCUAUUUUGUGCAUAGAAUGUUCAUCAUACCCCAGGUAUACAGAUUGUACAUCUCAGUCCUGCUACAUUGUCCAACUAUAUUCAGUUUGACCUAUUUCGCUUGGGGAAAGGAAUGCAAAUAUGAUGGGUGUUGAGCUGGUGCCUAAUGCCUGCCUUAGUUUUCCAUUUUUAGCCGUGCUGGUCUGAAUAGGUUAUGGCCAUUCCUUACAAAACAUUAGUUUAGUUUUGUCCGCAUUGAGAUUAAGGGGAGGGGGGGGUUAUUUUUUUGUGUGGAUGUCUCUGAGUACUGCUGCGAAGGGAGACGCAUAUUUUUCUGCCACUAUGAUAUCUCAAUGAUGAGUGCAUGAUGAGUGUAGCCAUUGAGAUAUUAUGCCAAUAAAAAUAAAAAACAGGUCUCUAUCUAUAAGUUCUUCGAGGUGAAUAAUAUAGGUGUUAAACACUAUAGCUGAUAGUUAAUAGUUGAUGAGCCCUGUUAUAAUAAUCUUAUUCAUCCACAUUCCAACUCCAACCUAUCCAUCUGGAGCUCUGCCAUAAGUAUUUACAUCCGUCCAUUGACUUCUCACAUAGCCAUCUUAACAUACCCUGCCCCGUGUGCAUCCGCACACCACCACCGGGCACCUGGACUCCCUUAUUAUAUCCACACCACAUUUAGAUCAGCCAGGGCAGAACUAGAGACUGUAUGUUUCAGUCACACUGAUACAAACUAAAGGCUAUGGCAGGUCAGUUAUUAUACUGAAGUCAGCUAUAGUAAAGCUAGAAUUCAGGGGGAUGCACAUCAUAGGCUCUUACUGAAAUACCCAUUCCUCAGUGGCAGCCCUGGUAUUAAUGACGUUGCAUGGAAAUCUUCAAAGUUGAGCUGCACUGCUAGUGACACAGGUUUCAUGCAACAGUGGACAUGUUAUAAUCUAGGUGUAAUUCAUGUGUAAAAUGACUAUGGAGUAUUUCACAAUUUCUGACGUUUAGCUGGAAUCUCAAGAUUUCACAUUUUCAUAGUCAUCAAAGUCCAAAAUUAAUUUUCCUGCCAGAAAUGCCAGUUAAAAAUCCUUAUCAAGCUCAUGAUUUGGUACCGAAAGGUUAACCUAAAAAAACACCAGGUGCUUUCCUUCUUAGGUUAAAGGUUACACUUAGCAAAGUGCAUUGGUGAUGCUAAUAUGUUACAGGUGUGUAAUUAAUGCAUUGUGUUUCAUAUGAACAUUAUAGUGUGUGUGUUUCUUUAAAGGUCCACUAACGGCACCAAGACCACUUCAUCUCAAUGAAGUUGUCAUGGUGCAGUGGUCCUUUAGUUUUGACUCUUCAAUAUAAAACAUCAGUCUUGAUGAUUUCUGAGAGGCUGCAGGGAUCAACGUGGUGAAGGAAGACAGGUAAUUAUAACCCAGCUUUCAAACCUUCACAGGACACACAGAUGCACACACACACACCUAUAGAUUGGCAAACUCUGUAGUAUAGUGUUCUUUUAAAGUACAUUAAAAUUAUCAUUUCACAUUUCAGCAGCAAUCGUUCACAUGUGUAUUUCUGUCAUUAUAGGUUUGCCCAUUUUGUAUUGUGGUUAUAGUGCUUCAUUGUCUUUUAAUUGAUUCAUAAGCCUAAUUGUUAACAAAUGUCACUUAUGAAAAUCAUUCGGACUAUUUUGUUCCUGCAGAAUUUGUCAGUUACUUUCAUAGUUCUUUCAUAGUUCUUUUUACAUGUUGAGUGGAAACUUUAUAGCUUUGAUAUCUCCGAUUGUGUGUUUAAAUUACAUUUCUUACCAUUCAGAUAAUGGUGGAUUAUGGGAUUGUUACUGAUAUUGCUAAUGGCUUAUCAGCAGUAGUUAAUAUGCUGAUAAUGAUCAUUAUUAUUAACACGAGAUUAUAAUUACCCUGUAUAUUGUUUCUUCAUGUUCCUCAUUUUUACAACUGAAUUCUCUCUUUAUUUGAUACAAGUUCUUUCCUGUCGAGCAGCGUACUUCUAUUGCCAUAGUUCUCACAGUAAUAUAUCUCAUUCAAAACAUAGGAAUAUGAGGUUUUGCAACUAGGUAAUGCUAACAUUCCAAUGGCUACACUCAGCACAAACACUCUUACCUGAAUUCUUACUGUUUGUAUGUGUAAUCUCCUCCAUGCAUUUGUUUAAUUCCUAUUUCUAGAAAUCAACGUCAAUUUAUUUUUAUUCUUUAUUUAAGGUCAUGGCAUGGGAACACGAGUUAAAAGGUUAGUCCAACCAAAAAAACAGGCACCAUGGCCACUUCAAAUAUCUGAAUUGGCGAUGGAGCUUGGAGUAACCCUUUAAUGCAAUGGUAUAUAAUUAUGUGUAUUGUAACGGUGAAUAAACAUUGUAUUAUAGGGUAGCUUUAAGAUAGAAAGGCAGCUUGAAAAAGACAAACAUAUCGAAUAUAAUAAUACCUAAAUCCACCACUUGCUCUGCAUGCAUUCUAUUACAGGAAAAUAAUAGUAUUUUGAAACACCAGCGAAUAUCUAUACUUGCUUGAGUUGGUCCUAACCUACUCUAUACUCCUAAAACCGGACAAAAAAACAAAACAUUUUUGAGCCAUUGAAUCUUCCCUAAGUACAAUCUGCUUACCGACAACUAAAUGAAUGCUUUCACAGGCGCAAAGAAGGGCUGUUCAAUCAGUGUAGCACUGCAAUAAAUAAUUACCAUACUAAAUGGUAAUGGAAUCACAGGGCUUCUUAUUAGUGUUACUUAUGUCUGGUUCAGAGUGGGAGUUCCCAAGUACUUCUGUAGCUAUAAAGUGUCUGUAUAUGAGUCUUAUCUUUAGUAAAGCUGAGUUCUUGGGGUCACUUUUUUUUUUAAUGUACUUAAGGUUUUUUAGAUGGGUGGGUUUGGUCCCCAAUAGCUUGGAUUAUUUACCUGAAACUGUCUCUCAUGACAGCCGCCAUGUUCUUCCUGUAGACCUUCAUCAGCUUCUGGGAGAUGCCAGGAGCCCAAUCAGUGCUGUACUUAUGACGGCUUCUUGGAUAGGACUAAAAUUGUCAGCAGACUGCGCCCUUUGUCAAUCUCAGGCUUUACCAUAAGACAACAUAGUUCGUACGUAUGAUAUUAUUAAGUUGCAUUGGAGUUUCAAAGAAGUUCCAAGUCAACAUCAGUAUUUCACAAAGAUUACAUCUUUAUAAAAUAUUGGGAACUUGUGGCAGAGCCACUUUAACAUCUAAAGUACACAAUUGGACACCCAGAUAUGCUAGAAAUGCAAUUUAAAUAUAUUGUGUUGAUGUUAAAUUUAUAAUGUGUAUAUUAUGUUAACAUUGCCUAUACACACGGGUUAAUUUUUCAAAUCUGUUUAAUGUUUGACAUAUUAAAAUAUAAGCUGUAUACAUAGUAAAUGUAAAAGGAACGGCAAUGUAACCCCUUUGGAACCCAGAGACACCAGAGACACCUUUGUAAUGUAGUAACCAGCGUGAUAAAGUGCUCAGAAUAUAAAUGCCAUACACUGCUCGCUCAUACUCUCCUGUUGGCAUAUCAUUGGGUUUAAUACAUUAUUCCGUUCUGUAAUCUGUGAUUUUUUUUUUUUUCAUAAACAUUUGAUUAAGUGUUUUCGACUUUCUAGAUCAAGAUUUCACAUUAAUGGCUGAAAAUACAGUCAUUCCCGAGGCCUUCAUAGCAAAUCUGAAAACCAUUUAUUUUCCUUACAGAGAACAUCAUGACUGUGUGAUCUGCCAGCAUAUUGCUUCUAAUAAAUGCAGAUGCUAAUGACUUCUAUCCUGGGUAAUAUUAAACUGUUAUUGAAGGGAGAGCAGCCGUCUAUUGUUACAUUCUUUCCGCACUUGCAUAAUUCUUCACUUCCACUGGUACACAGACCAUUACAUGGUACUUUUUCCUCAAAUCUAUACAGCAAAUUAUCUCUUAAUGAUUCUAUGUCUGAUAUACCUUCAUUACAUUUCAAUGGGUGACAGUACCAUAAAGUACAAGUACAAAAGUACAAGUACAAAGAUGUAUUCCUAAUGCUAUAGAACCAUAUUGUCCUGACCAGGGCCGGAUUAAGCGCACAGUGGGCCUGGUGCUGACAGUUAUGAUGGGCCUAAUUAUGGAAUCUUAUCCACCAAAAACACUAAAACAAUCAUACCUCCCAAGCCUCAUGUAUCUGAUGGAGAUGGUGCUGGAGGGAAAUUCAUAGGAUGCAGCUAUAAGAAAACACAUACUCUAUGCUAAUUUCUCUCUAAUUUAUGCUUUCAUCUUUCAAGUAAGUCCAUAACCCCUAACAGCAGAGUCCAGUGAAGCAGGAAGUCAAUGGGCGGGGUAAAAGGGUGUGCCACUGGCACGAAUCACGUGACAAGACCUGCCAAAAGGGGCGAACAUGCCCAAAAAGGGGCAUGUUUGUCCAAAGAAUUGGAAGGUCAGCCUGGCAUGAAUGCAUGUCAGGCUUCCUGCCAAUCCUGCAGGCUGCCCAACUAAGGGCAUACUAUGCAGGCAGCACCUUGACUUGACAUAAAUGCGUCUAAUGAUGCGCUCACUCUUUCUAAGGACUGUCCCCUAGCACUCGCUGGUCCACUUGUCUCCUUACCUUCUUACUAGCAGGCAGAAGUUCCUGGUAUAUAGUCUGAGACAGAGAAAAGGUGUCUGUAGUGAGUGUAGAAGAAAAGGGACAUGCCACAGUGUUAGAGAGACCAACGUCUGCAUUACCUAAACUAACUUUAAUGUCAGUCAGUGCACACAAGUUUUGUUCCCAUACAUCCCUCUUAAGCUUCCAAACUUAAAGGGGCACUAUAAUCACCAGAACAACUACAGCUUAUUGUAUUUGGUAAGUAGAAUCAUUCCAUUCAGGCUUUUUGCAGUAAACACUGUCUUUUCAGAGAAAAUAACUCCACUGGCCACUCAUUAGAUGGCUGCUAGAGGUGCUUCCUGGGGCAGUACUGCCUAGUAUGCAGCACUGCCAUUCAGUGUCUCCACCCUUUGCAUGCAGACACUGAACUUUCCUCAUAGAGAUGCAUUGAUUCAAUUUAUCUUUAUGAGGAGAUGCUGAUUUGCCAGGGCUAUGUUGGACUUGUGCUGGCUCUGCCCCUGAUCUGCCUAUUUGACAGUCUCAGACAAUCCUAUGGGGAAGUAUUGUAAUUUGCUCAGAUCACCACUUCUGAGCCAGCAGCUGCAGAAUUGAAUACAAGUAAUAUUUUACUAUAUUUAGGGAGGCAAGAAGGGGCCAGGGUGGUGUUUUUAACAUAAUAGGGUAAGAAAUACAUGAUAGUGUUCCUGACACUAUAGUGCUCCUUUAAGCAAGAGUAUGUGAAGAGUAGUUAAGGUUGCCACCUUUCUUGGAAAAAAAUACCAGCCUUAAUCAUUUGUAUAAUUAGUUAUGCGUGACAUCACAUGAUGUAAAUCACAAGGAGUGACAUCAGAGAAAAUUCUGUAAAAUCACCAACAAACUACUCACAGUUUGAUUCUGCUGUAUAGAUGGAUUGCUCCCAGUGUCUCAGUCUUGCAAGUCACCCAGUGUCUCAGUGUCCCUAUGUAUCACAGUGUCAGUGUCCCCAUGUCGCCCAGUCCCCUAGUCUCCCAGUGUCUGUGUCCCCAUUUCUUCCAGUGUCCCAAUGUCUCAGUGUGUCCCCAUGUCACUAGGAUACUGGGGACACUGAGAGACAUGGGGACACUGAGAGACCCGGGGACACAGAGACAUGGAAACGCUGGGAGACAUGGGGACACUGAGACAUUUAGGGAAACUGGGAGAAAUGGGGACACUGAGACCCUAGGGACACAGACACUGGGAGACAUGGGGACACUGAAACAUUUGGGGACACUAAGACACUAGGGAAACAGACAUGGGAACACAAACACUGGGAGACUAGGGGACACUGGGAGACUAGGGGACACUGGCUGGGAGACAGACACUUGGGGACACUGGGAGACAUGGGGACAGACAUGUGGACACUGGGACAUAUAGGGACACUGGGAGACAUGGGGUCACCAGGCACACUGAGACACUAGGAACAUAGACACUGGGAGACAUGGAGACACUGAAACAUCUGGGGACACUAAGACACUAGGGACACAGACACUGGGAGACUAGGGGACACUGGGAAACUAGGGGAUACUGGGAGACUAGUGGACACUGUCUGGGAGACAGACACUUGGGGAGACAUGGGGACAGUUGUGGACAUAGACAUGGGGACACUGGGACACAAGGCACACUGAGAGACAUGGGACACAGACACUGGGAGACUUGGGGACACUGAGACACUAGGGACAUUGGCUGGGGGACAUAGUGUCGCGGUGUCCCAAUGUCCCUAUGUCUCACAGCAUCCCCAUGUGUCUCAGCAUCCCCAUGUGUCCCAGUGUCCCCAUGUGUCUGUGUCCCCAUGUUUUCCAGUGUCCCCAAGUGUCUGUGUCCCCAGGUCUCCUAGUGUCUGUGUCCCCAUGUGUCCUAGUGUCUCAGUGUCCCCUAGUGUCUGUGUCCCCAUGUGUUCCCUAGUGUCUGUGUCCCCAUAUGUCCCCAAGUGUCUCAGUGUCCCCUAAUGUCUCAGUGUCCCCAAGUGUCUCAGUGUUCCCAGGUCUCCCAGUGUCUGUGUGCUAGUGUUUGUGUCCCCUAGUGUCUCAGUGUCCCCAUAUGUCCCCUAGUGUCUCCAUGUGUCCCCUAGUGUCUCAGUGUCCCCAUGUGUCCCUGCUGCCUUUCCCCCCAUCCCUCACUUACCUGAGCUGUAGAGCUGCUGUCUGGACUCUCUGUGCUGUGUAGCUGCUCCCCCACGGAUCAGUGAGUAGUAGAGAGAGGCAGGGAUAUUCUGUAACUUCCUAUCCCUGCCUCUCUCCACACACAGUGACCCCUACUGGCUGGUGCUGGUAUUGCAGAGUAAUUUCCAUUUAUUCUGAGAAAAUGACCUGCAUUUGUAUUGCCGGUAUUACUGCAAUACCGGCACGACCAGGCAGCCUCAAAUACCAUCUGUGCCAUUAAAAUACCAGUCAGGUGGCAAACCUAAGAGUAGUGUGUAAAAAAAAAAAUUUUUUUUUUUUUUUUUUUAAAUGGGCCUAUUCCAUGGGCCUGGGCCUGGAGCUGCAGCUCCAUCAGCCCCUAUGUUAAUCCGGCCCUGGUCCUGACACCUAUAUAGGUCCCUCUGCCUGCCACGUGUGAGAGUUUGGUAAUAAUUACCUCUCAGCCCUCAACACGCCGGUCUCCAUGAUCGCCUCCACCAUUUUGGCUGAGAUCAUCAGUGUAGCUCAGCUAAUCCAAUAUUUCCCCAUAUAGAAACAUCGGGAGGCUAGAACACAUGACUGGCAUAAUGUCUUGCUGUGUCAAUCAAAUGCUCUGUGAGAGCAUCUGACUAAAUAGCCAAGUUUAACUCAGCUAUUGGGGCUGAAGCGCCUCAAGUGGCUGCCUUCUUGAUGAAUGUUAACACUGCAAAGGAAACGUUUCUCUUCCUACAGUAGUAGGGCUAAAAAGAUAAGGACAUAGCACCCAGACCACUUCAUUGAUUAAUGAUAUGGGUGCCUAUAGUGUCCGUUUAGGUAAUAAGAGGCACUAUGAUGUAGUAAGUUGACUUUAGGGCCACCAUUGCUCCAUGGGGGUGGAGAGGACGAACUCAAUGCAGUAUGAAAUGAUCAGAAUGUACAUUGUUACAAUUAUGUACAAAAUAACUACUUUUACUAUAUUUGUAUAUCUGAAUGUAUAAUUGCAUUCAUGUGUUUUGUUAUAAACAGACCUUAAAUUGUUUUUGGUUACUGACUCUUAACCCCUUAAGGACCAAACUUCUGCAAUAAAAUGGGGUUAAAAGGGACACUAUAGUCACCAGAACCACUACAGCUUAAUCUAGUAGUUCUGGUGUCUAUAGCCUAUCCCAGCAGCGUUUGCACUGUAAAGGCUGCCUUUUCAGAAAAAAUGCAAUGCCUAGUAGCACCUCUAGGUGCAGUCACUGAGCUACUCUCUAGCUUUCUUAUGGGAAAGCAAUGGAUUGGCUGAAGUCAUUAAGAUUGAUGAUUUCAACUAUGGAGGCAAUAGACAUCUUGCCAGUUUCUGAGAAGUGCUGACUGGAGCUUUGCUGGGGGGGUGGGGUGGGGUGGGGGGGAGGGUGGGGGUUCUGGAAGAUUCAGGAACACCAAGGGUGGUCUUGAAUGUGCUGGGUCUAAGUUUGUCACCAUGCAUUGUUAGCCCAGAGACAAAAAUAAAAUCCCCAAAUUGUGACAGUGUCACUUUAAUGCACUAUAUAGAAGCAGGAUUCUAACACAGUGAAGUGAUGGGUUAAUACAGAAUGAGUUGAGGUUGAUAUAGCAGGUGUGGAGUUUAUAAAUAUCAGUUUAUAUAAAUCUCUGAAUUCAUUCCAAGACUUGGUGUCACAAUGUGAUUUAUAGAAGAUGGAGUUAAGGGUUGGACUUAGGGCAUGGAAUCGCUGCUAGUUUUAAGGGGGGCUUAGUUUAAUAUAUAUGGGAGGGACCAUGCUACGUACCCUGUGGUGAACAUGUUAUGAAGCCACUGGUGUUUUGCUAUCUAAUAAUACCCAGGGCUAUUGGCACCACUUCUUGCCCAGCUUCCUUUUUUCUGAGAUGAGGCUAAGAUAGCAUGAAUUUCAUUGCUUCCAAUAACACAGUGUACGAAAGGGUUUUAUUUACAAACCAGGGAUUUAUGGGGUACUCAAAAUAAAAAUUACUCUAUUUUAGACCAAAAUAGCCAAUUGGUGAAUAUAGUUAAACUGGAAACAUAUUACAACUUACUUACUUGCACAAUGCACUUAAUGAAAAAGAGAGACUAUGAAAGAGAGAGAAGACCACCAAGCAGGUCAAUGGAAAUAAAUUAAUGUCUAGUCCAAUAUUAGACAAGUUUGAGACACUGUGAAGCAUCUAUUCUUAGCAAAGAUAUCCAAUUAUUUCUAUACAUGAUACCAUAGCCAAUAAACAUCCAUUUACAAAUAAAGGUAAACAAAUUAAAAACAACCACUAAAAUGCAUAUACACAAAAUUAGCGGAGUAUAAAUUAUUUUACAGGAGUAUGGCCAACAAAUAUAAUUCUAUAUAGAACAAUGUGUUAUUAUAAACAGGAGAUUGGAAUUCCAGCUCAUAUUAAACCACAUUGAUUGUUCAAUGAUAGAGUCAGGCCUCGUUCCUAACGUGUGCAAAUUAGAAGAGGAAACCUAGAUAGCUGCUUUUUCUCAAAUUUGUAACAUUAAUUGAGCAUUCAAUGCAUAGUAACUAUAAACUGUUUCUAAAAAGUGCUGAAUUAACUGACAAUUGGGUACAUUCUAAUCCAGGGAUAGGCAACCUUCGGCACUCCAGAUGUUGUGGACUACAUUCUCCAUAAUGCUCUUAGACACAUAAUGCUGGCAAAGCAUCAUGGGAGGUGUAGUCCAAAACAUCUGCAGUGCCGAAGGUUGCCUCUGCCUGCUCUAAUCAAUAGAGAGUAAGAGCAAUAAUGUUAAAACUGAUGCCAGACACAGGACAGAUAUACUAACAUUGUAAGCAUCUUGUCCCUACAAAGUGCUAUUACUAGACUUCUAUAUAAUAAGAAACAUACAGUUCCAAUUACAAAAUAAGAAUGUGCAGACCUCCUCUGAAAGUGGCAUUAAAGUGACAGAGUAUAAAACAGGUUGUGCCACUGUAUAGAUAAUCCCAGUAGAAGUUAAUAGAAUAAAACAGUAAGAAAAGGUUAUGACAUAUAUAUGAAUAAAUAGAAAAAAUAUAGACAGUGAUAAAGUGAUCUUAGUAAUCGCUAGUUCUUAUAAAAGUAAUAGCUUAGCUGUCCCUAAGGCAAUGACACGGGCCAUUAAAUAAUAAUCCUAUACAUAGCUACGAUGCUAUAAGUAGGUUGUAUGGUACUUCCCUCGGAGCGUCCCUGGUAGUUUAAAUCAGGGAUGCCCUGGACAGCACUAUAUGAAUCUGUAUAUGCCAGCUAUGCAUCCCUUGCUUUAGAUAAAUGUUAUGCUAAUAUUUUUUUAAUCUACAAGUGCUCGGUAGAGAAGGGGCUAAUGAACUCAUCACUUUAAAUGCAUUCAGCUUUAUAUUCGUAUGUUGCCACAUUCUAACUUUUCUUCCAUAUCUUCUUCCACACAGAGAUUCCUCGCUGCUCUGGAUGUAACGAGCACAUCCUGGAUAAAUUUAUCCUGAAGGUUCUAGAUCGUCAUUGGCACAGUGCUUGUCUCAAGUGUUGCGAGUGUCAGAUACCUCUGACUGAGCGCUGCUUCUCUCGUGCAGGGAAUGUGUAUUGCAAAGAAGACUUUUUCAAGUGAGUUCCAAAUGUUACCACAAUUACCUCAGUAUUGUUGUUUUUUUUUAGUUAUACUGAGAAAGGCUCAGUUCCAGGUCCGGGUUUUUUUUCAUCUUGUUUAAAUAAAGGUGUUGAUGGUAACUAAUUUGUAGGCAUGAGCACAGACAGAAUCCAAAUCAGUUUGGCUGUAAUAAAAAUUAUUCGGACAAGCCAAAUUUAAUUCAUUUUCGUUAAAUAAAAGUAGGUUAAACUAUUAGAUUAUUUUUUAACCUCACAGCGAGGGCUUAAAAAUGGAAGCGUAGGGGAUAAACAGGCCUCUUUUAGUUUCAAUCUUUUUAUUGUCAUGAAGCAAUUCUAGACUUUUAGUAUAAUAUAGACAACGUUUAAAAAAAAAAAAAAGAGAAAUUAGAAUUUUUUUUGGCUUCUUGCAUGACAUUUUGUUUUUGAAAGAUGUAGUAAAGAAAAUUAAAUAAUAUAACAUUUAAAACAAUAAACAAAAUACACAAAGCUAAUCUAAACUAAACAUGCUCUAAGCAUUCUAGGUAUUUGGGCUUUGAGUUGGUUCGGGGUUGGGAGUAACAAAUUUGAGGUGUUUGGUUUUGGAAGGUUGGCGUUAUUGGGCUAUGGGUGUUGGCCCACCACAACUCCAGUCAGAUACCAGCCUGUAAAUUCAAAAAUAGACAUUAGUUUUAAUUGUGUAGUUCAGUCUAGUGUUUUGAUAUAUGGCCACCAGGUAAGAAAGAAUAACUUCGCUAAUGUACUUUUACUUAACAAGGUUUCCACCCAUUCAUGUGGAAUAGGUAAGGAAUGUUCAUGUGGAGUAGUGCUGGUGAAGGGGAGAGCUGUGUCCAUAUAUGGGAUAUACUUUUAAGUGCUGGGUUAUAUGGGUUAGUUUUGUAACUUUAAAUGUUCCAUUGUUAUCCUUAGUACUGCUAAUAACGGUGAGAUUUUAAAGGCAUAGCCUAGUAAUUGUGUUAUAUAGUUUGCCACCUGUUUCCACAAAACAGGUCUCUUUUAAUGCUAAGCCUGUUAAAAAGAUUAUGGGUGUCAAUAUGACGCCUCCAAUAAAUACAAGGGAAGCAUAAGCCAUGUUGCAGGAUGGGGUAUGUCUGCUAAACAGCAAGCAGUGAAAAACGCGAAGGAAAUUUUUUACUGAACUCAUUUAAUGUUGCAAGAUACCCCUGAAUUGGGGCAAAUUGCCGAGGUGAACUUUCUGUAGCUGUAUCUAGAUUUUUUAAAAAAAUGGGUGAAUAACACACAAUGUUUAGAAUGUUAAAAGAAAAAGGAAAGAAGUUCUAUUUUUUAGUGAGAGUCAAGAACCGAGAAGAAUCUUUAUUUAUGAUCUUUUUUUCAUGUUUACAAAGUUCUUACUGGAAAAGUUAAUACAUUGUCUGCCCGGCACUGCAUUUUCCUGAUCCAUCUCUCAAACAGUCAGUUCAGGGUCUGAGAGAAAUAUCUUAUGUCUCGAAAUUGAAAUGUAAUCUGGAAUGUUCUUAAUCACAGUCAAGUAUAUUGACCUGAUUAAUAGUAUUUCGCUGGUUUAUCUGACGUCCUAUAAACUUACUAGCCUUGUGUGAUUCUUUGAAUACAAAUUCCUACUUUAAAGUAGGGAAAAAAAAAACGAACAAAACUUGGAACCAGCUAAAUAAAUUAAUUUUUCUGUGAUUUUAGAUUUGAUUUUAAAAAAGAAAGUUGUAAUCGGAAGAUUUAAAAUUACAGAGGCCUAAAUCAUGUGGUUCUGUUUAAUGAACUUGUACAUCAUACACCGUUUUAGUGUGCAGGAAUUAAUGGCACGUUUUGCUUAACAAACAUUGCUAAAGUUGCACAUGUAAAUAUAUAUUGUCAUUAAAGGAAAACCGUCACUUCUCUCAAAAUGGCAUCAUUGAAUAAAAACUUAUAACAUAUGUUAAAGGAACAUGUUCAAACAGCCAUUUUUAAAAUUGUUUUGUAUUUAGUUGUAUUAUUUUAUUUUUAUUCUUCUAUGUUCCUAAACCAUUUUACAUUGCUGGGCAUCCCCCUUUUUUUUCUCAUCAGAGCAGCACAAUACUCCCUCAUUGACAUCAUCAUUAUAAACAUAUGUCACAUGUAUGUCACUCACCAUGAGUGGCCAAUGGAUCAGGUGAUUCUGGUGCUUAGAUUGUCCAUUUAGUCUGUUUCAGGUAAUGCUCAUUUUUCUUCUAUAUUUAUUUUAAAGAUUUUGCAAGGUACAUGACAAACUCAUUGACUCCAUGCACAGCCAUGAUACACAUUGCGACUAGGGAGGAAAAUCAGAAACAUUUAUUCAUAUAUCCUCUUCUCUAAAACCUUAGUGCAAAGCACAGAACUUACAACCAGAGAUGAAUUAAGGUUGCACAGUGCCGUAGACAAGAAGCCAGCGGGUGCACAUGCAUGUGACUAAGCGCAGAUCCAUCUCGGGAGGGGCUGACAACCCAUUCUCCCCGUUAUCCCCCUUUCCCAUACUUCAGACUUUGCCAAUAUAGGCUCUUCCCACACUUCUCACAAUCUCCAUAACCCCCUUUCCUAAAUGCCCAUUUGUAAUCCUUCCCUCAAUGUCCAUAGUACCUUUCCCACACUUCACAAUGCCCAUAUUCCAUCUCCAAUAUUUCUCACAAUCCCCAUUUCUCCCUCUUAAACUUUUCAAGAUCCCCCUAUUCCAUCUCCAUGCUUCUCACAAUCCCCCUAUUCCAUUUCCAUGCUUCUCAAAAUCCCCAUUUCCCCUUCCCAUACUUCUCACAAUCCAAAAAUUCUGCUUUACCUACUGCUCACAGUCCCCAUAUCCCCACUCAUACUUCUCAACCCCCCCAAAACGCUUUCCAUCAAUGCCCAUAUCCCCUUCCCACACACUAGACGUUCCCUAUAUCCCCUCUUCCAAUACUUCUCUUCAAGCCCAAAGUCAAGAUUCAACACUGACUUGCCUGCUCUCCCUUGAGUUGGUGAGAGGGGUACAGAACCAAACAUGGAGAUCUUUUAACCUCCCUGACAGCUCACAGAUUGCUCCCUCACUACCAGAGAUGGCGCUCUAGAUUUAAUACAAAAUUCCACAAUCAUAAUGAAUCCAGAUCUAUGUUCUCUCUAAUAAUAUUACUCCAUGUUGCCACAUGUUAGCUUAUUGAUCCAAGGAGAGAUCUAACGGCCAUUCUGGGGUUAAUUCAUUUUUUCCUUCUUUGGAUCAAGAGCAAAAACAGAUGUGAAAAAGGCUGAAUUUGAUAGACGCAUGUCUCUUUUAGGCCUAUGUAACUAUGAACUCUAAUUCAGUUUCCACCACCAUAAAGAUAUGUCUAAAUGACCCCAACUUAAUUUUGUGCACAGACUGGUUUAGCUUAUCAACUGUUGCCACCAGCGGGUGAUGGGAAAUAACAGCAUGUGAUGGUAAAAUCUCUGCCCAUUUUUCUACUUCGUGUUUGUACUUUAAAGAGAUUCCAAAACCAUCAAAAAGAGCUUAUUGUAAAGAUUAUGCCCUUAUGAAAAGUUUAACUUAAGGCAGGGCAUAGACCUUUUAUUUUACUGAUUCAGCUGUCUUUGAAUAUUGCAUUCCUGCCAAUGAUGAAUUUCCAGAUAAGGAAUACUGCUUCAUCUGCUUGCAUGCAAGGAUUGCAGACACGUGUAGAACUGCUGAUUUAGAACACUGGAAGCCAAAAUGUAUCUAAGAGACAUAAAACACAAGCUACUCCAUCACACCUAGCAAUAGUAUCUUCGCAUUGUACCAGUGAUGGUAGCAUCAAUGUCUCUGCAAAUUAGGCCUUUGCCCAGCAGCUACCGUAAUAAAAAUACCACCUAUAAGGAAUUCUAGAGUACGUUUGUGCUUGUAACAAAAUUAAAACCUUAGGAGUUUUGGUUGAAUCCUAACUUCUGUAACUCUCCAUGGAUAGACUAACCAUAUAAUAAAUACUGUGAAAUACUUUAAUGAAAUAAAGGCAUACACAAUUGUGCUCAUCAAAGAAUUAACCACAAGGAGCAUAGUGCCUUAUAAGUAAGAGAUCCAGUACUUGUAUAAUUCAUUUUACCUGCUCCCUUACUAGGCCAAUGCCUUGUCAUGUAGGACCUGCAUAAUGUGGUUUGGCCAUCAUUUCUAAACUGUCAUUGAAUCUUGCCUGCCACAAUGGUCCAAAGUAUGUAUUCUGCAUUGUUAUAACGGAAGUCUCAAGGCUGCCCAGAUAUUGUAACAGAUUAAUAAGUGCAAGUAAAAUAUCAGGUCGUGUGGGUAUCUCAGGGCUUGUGAGAUGUGAAUUGAGGUCAGUUUGACCUUCAGUAUGGGGUGUGCACACAGAGAGCUUUGAAGAUAGCAUUCAUUAUUUCAAGCCAUGAGAUUGGCCUUACUCUGCACUGGGUGCUUGCCGUUGGGGGCCAUACCUGUGAAUGUCCUUUAGUCUUCAUGCUUGGCUAAUCAUAUUUCUUUUAAAAAGCUUUAAUAAUGAUUAUAUUGUUCAACAAGUCUUGAAUCCAAUGAUGAUAUAAUACAGAUAUAAACAACAUUGAACAAUAAAAAGUAUAUACUAGGCAGGGGUAUGCAAUGUUUUACAGACACUGUGGAAGUCCCUUAGAGUGCUGAACCUUGUGUACUGUUGUGCUGUGUGUAUAUGUGUAUGUGUGUAUGUGUAUGUGUGGGGACCAUGGUUGUUUGUGUGGGUUGCCAAUGUAGUUUUUUUUUGUUAAUUUGGGGGGUGAGAGGGAGGUGCUUGCCUGUGGGAUGUUUGUGGUAUUUUUUGUGGGCUUUUUUUUUGGUAUUUCUGUUUGGGUCUCUAUUCAUAUUUGUCUCACACACGCACGCACCCAGACAGAGACACUCAGACACACAGCAAGUAUGCAUUUCAGACACAUUGCCCAAUAUGCAAUGCCAGGCAUACACACAGUUACACACUGCCACACUCACUAGCAGACACACACAAUCAUACUGCUAUACAUACAAACACACUGCUACACGCACAUAGUGAUAUGCACACACUAAUACACACACAUUCACAGUAAUGGUAUUCAAGUGACUUUUCUUUUGCUUAACUAAAAUACAUACAUUUCAAUGACAAUACCUUCUGAACUCCUGUAGCGUGAGUAGCUUCAAUAAAUGCAUGCAUUACUGAAUAAUCAUUUGUUGUAAAUAAGUAGGUGUCCAAUAUUGAUAAAUAAUAUCUAUCUGUCUAUCUGUCUAUCUGUCUAUCUGUCUGGAUUAAUGGACAGAUCUAGAUAAAUUAAUGUUACAGGUUUUGAUGAAUCGAUGGACAGACCAAAAAUGGAUUGAUGGACAGUUCUAGUUGGAUGGACGGGCACUUAUAAGUGAAUUAAUUAAUAGUUAACUGGAUUAAUGUAUUUAUUUAUGCACAUUACUGUAUGAAUAUUAUAGAUUGAUGGUUAUGUAAAGAAGAAUAGAUUAAGAUGGUUAAGAUCAAUAAAUAUACAUAAACUGAUGAAGAAAUAGAAUUUGCUAAGUUAAUGGAUAUCCUGAUGAGUAUAUAUUGAUGUAUUUUUAUAUAUACGGGGCAAUACGCAGAUAAAAAUAAACAUAUGUCUAUGCCUAGGUAGCCAUGGGCUGUUUAUUAAUGGAUAGCUGUAGGUUGAUUGUUAUAAACAGAUUGAGCAAUACAUAAAGAUGGAUGAUUAGAAAAAUGGGCGAUGUAUAAAAAUAUGCGACUGAAUGAUGCACUUUAGUGGAACAGAGAGAGAUUUAUAGCGGGAUGUAAAUUGUUUGAUGGUUUGUCGAUGAAUGGACCGAUGCCAUUGUCGGUUUUUGAGUCAUCAAUAGAUGUAGAUGGAUUUAUGGAGAAAAGUUGUGUAUUAGUGAAUAGAUAUACAGUAAGUGGAUUUAUAUGUGUUUUAUAUAUGUAUAUAUAUAUAUAUAUGUACAUGUUUAUUUAUAUAGGUGCACUUAGCUCUUACUGGGUACAUUCUACAAGAAGGAGAUUUAGUAAGUGCAAUACUUAUGCAGGCAUUCUGUCAGAGGCUAUUAUGUAUGGUGAAAAUGUGAUACAGUAUUUUUACAUUAAAAUGAGAGGUCCCCAUUCUAGAGAGCUUACAAUCUAAGAAUUAAUAUGAGAGAGAUAGAUGGGUUCUAACACAUUGCUUGUUUGAUCCUUUACGUCUGUCUGUGAUUUUUUUUCAUUGACACUUUCUUCUGAUUACUAUAUAUUUUUUGCCUCCCUGCUCAGGCGUCUUACUGCAAAUCUAGUUAUUUUGUGUUUUUCUGCAUGUCACUUUACCCCACUCCCUCUAGCAUGUAAGCUCAUGGAGCAGGGCCCUCAACCCCUCUGUUCCUGUGUGUCCAUCUUGUCUGGUUACAACUACAUGUCUGCUCGUCCACCCAUUGUAAAGCGCUGCGUAAUUUGCUGGCGCUAUAUAAAUAAUAACAUAAUAAUAAUUUACUUCCUGUUAUUGAUUUACAGGGAAAGAGUAAUUUAAGAGGAUUUUUAUAUUAUGUUUACCUAUUGUAAUACUCAAGAAAAUAAAGUUUGUUGGAACACAAUUGCAGAAUUGAAAUAAAUAUGUACUGUUGUUUUAAGAAAAAAACUAAAUGGUGCUUACUUGAUUAGGUCUUGUGAGCCCAGAACAAGAUUCCAACAGCAAUUCAAUAAGUAAGGUUAAAUCCAGAGAAUAUAAUACAGUUCCUUUUGGAUUAAUUUAUGCAAUGUUUCAGUAUGGAAUUAACGCAGAGUUGAAAUUUGAAAAGUAAGCAGCUUAAAGGGACACUCCAGGCACUCAGACCACUUCUGCCCAUUGGAGAGGUCUGGGUGUCAACUCCCAGUACCCUUUAGCCUGCAACUGUAAUUAUUGCAGUUUUCAUAAACUGCAAUAAUUACCUUGCGGGGUUAACUCCUCCUCUAGUGGCUGUCUACCAGACAGCCACUAGAGGGCACUUCCGGGAUUAUAGCAGAGAUUUGUGCUAUAGCGUCGCGGGACAUCCUCACGCUAUGUGAGGACCUCCAGCGUCGCUAAAAAUCCCCAUAGGAAUGCAGUGAAAUGGGGAGUUUUAAUGCGCGUGCUCGGCAUUAGGUCUCCCCCGCCGAUGGGCGUGAUUAGUCUCCCCCGCCGGCUGACGUGGUGACGGGGAGGACCAGGAAGCAGUGCAGAGGGACGUAGCUGACUCUGGUAAGUCACUGAAGGGGUUUUGACCCCUUUGGCAACCGGGGAUGGGAGGUGGGAAGGAAAGGGGACCUGCAGUGCCAGGAAAACAGAUUUCUAUGGGAGCACAAUUAACUGGCUUAAUUAAUGGCUGAGAUUAUCCUUUGAUAGCAGGCAACUGAAGUGUUAAGCAAUUUACUUGCAGUAAACUAAUCAAACAACUUAGCCUGGAAGGUAGUAAAAUAGUCAGAGCCGGUCCAGUGUUCAGGGAGUAUAGAGUUUAGCAAAGUCGGUUUGGAAGAUCACAGGUUCGUUACACAGGUAGAUAUCACAGGGAGCUCAGACGGCACUUAGAAACAAUUUGUAACAAACUGAUUGAGCAAUUUUGGAGUAGCUGCGACUUCCCUUUAACGCGGCAGCAUCUGAUGUCAGACGCAUGGGCUGGCUGCGAUCAGCAAAAAGUGACUCCGAGGGAGUUCGCCGAUUGGUAAUCAUGACAUCUAUACCCUGUAUUUAACAAAAUGUGCUUGUUAGAUAAGCAGUAUGUAUUUACCUAUAUUCUGAAAUGUCUCCAUCUUGGCUCCCUGUCAAAGCUCUGCCUUUAUCUGUCAUUGAACCCAAUCUAAGUAGAAAGGAAGUAACAGUGAAAGUACCAUGGAAAGUUUCAUUUACUAUUACAUGUGGUAUCAAGGUGAGCCAUUACUCUUCUAGAUGUUUGUAUAUGCAAUCUCCUUUGGCCAAGUUCCAUUGUAACCUGGCCUUUAGGCUUUGUGCUGGUUAAGCAUUAUGGGGCAUGUAGUCCGCACAUAUCUGCAGCACCAAGGGAAGCUUUAGUUAAUGGACUAAAUUCCCCUGAAUGGGGACUACAACUCCCCAAAUGCUCAGCUAGACUCUGUAUCCACAAACACCCGCAGUUAAGACGAACCUUUGCCUGUGGACUAUAAUCUUCAAGGUGUUGCAGAGCAGCACAUUUCCCAUCAUGCUCUGCCAGCUGAUAGACAGGUAAAGUAACCCAGGUAAUAUAGUGAACAAAUGUCUUCAGGGCCAAAUUUUAGGUUACCUGUGUCAAUGCUGCAGUGCCAAGUUCCUGGGUUCUUGCAGGAAAUGCAGUGAGCCAACACCUGGACUGACAAGAUUAAUUAUGACUGUUUCACCCACUAACUGGGUUACCAUUGAAGAACAUAAACAUAUUUCAUAAACUAUAGUUACUUAAAAGAGAGAAUGCUAUAUUUUAACACAGGGGUACAUACAUUUUAUUGCUAUAAAUAUGGAUAUUGUUUUGCUUCCGAUUUAAUAUAAUAUUGUAAUUGUUAAAACAAAUUCUCAUUGAUUGAGGUAGCCCAUAUUUGCUUGAAGGUCCUACACAACUUUACUCAUAAUGCCUCAAAAUAAGUUUCAAUUUACCAAUAGUCUUAGCCAAUCAGAAGGUUCUUCAAUACAAUCACUGCAAAAAUGUGAAAAAGUAGAACCUCCUGAUUGGCUGAGACAUGAGACUUGUAUGGUGGAAUUAAAUGUAUCACAUGGUGUUGCUAUAUGGAUUAACAGUUAAUGGCUUGUUUGAUAACAACAUAUUAGUAGGUAAGAAAGUGGAAUGAGGUGAAACAAAUAGAUGGUUUAAUUUAAAAAAAUAUAUAUUGUAUGCAGGAUUGGUUAACAUUUGUCAAAUAUAGAAUUGCAUAAUUCAUACAAGGUUGGGAAAUAAUUUUAGACAUAUUAAUUAUUAGUGUGUAUAUUUAUCAGCAUACGUUUGCUAGAUGCUGUUUGGGAAAAAUAGAUUGGUAGACUGAUAGACUUAUUGGUGGAUUAAUGUUUCUACGCUUUUUAUAGCUUUGUACCAGUAACCUCUUAUUCGCUACCAACUGCUUCCUAACAAAUACUAUCAACUCAUGAUAUAACAAAGAACCCAGGGGUGUUGCUAGGAUUUGGCAUUAUUUCAUUACUAGCCCCGAGACCCUGUAAUAAUGAGAAAUAAUACCUCCGAAUAACUUGUGACAGUGCCACGUUAAUGCACAAUAUUGGGAGUAAAUGGUACAGCACAAUGUACAAUUUACUGUGGGUGCAGGGUUUUUAAUGCAGUGGGUGCAGGGUUAACGCAGUAAUAGAGCAGAUGUGGAGUUUAUAAAUAUAGGUUCAGGUAACAAUCUGAGUUCAAUCCAAGAUUUGGUGUCACAAUGUGAUUUAUAGAACACCUAUUCCAGUGGCACAUUCUUGAAUACAAAGGGUUUGAGAUUGGUUUAGGACAUAAUAUGGGGCUUAGUUUAGGAAAGGAUUAAGUCAAUAUUUGCAGGAUGGGCUAUAAAAUGUACCUUUGGGUUAAAGCCUCUCAUGUUUUUGUCCCCUCCAGACAGAAACUGAUAUAUCUGUCGGCCCCCUAUGAAAUAACCCUUAAAGUAUCUGUAUACACCCAGUUAUUCUGCUUUCUGUUAAUUUUCCACAUUUAUUAUUGUGUUCACAACCUUCUAUUGGAAUAGAUUUCUAGAUAAGUCUCUAGAAGCUUAGUGAAUCUGGAUUUUUUUUUAAACAGGUUUUUCAAUAAUACUGCCUUCAGUAUGGCUCCCUCCAUCUUCCCCUAUAUACUGGCUAGUUUCCCAAUCCCUGCCCAUGCCGUGUAUCUGCACAAUAAGAUGUUGCUACUAUAAUGUAUAAUCGUAGCAGCGAUCAUGCCAAUGAGCAAUGUGCAUUUUGCCCCACAUAGCACCAAACCUAAUAAAGUCCAUUGUGGUCUUGCAAAGUAAAAACCCAAUCCAGGUGUUAUUUUGGGUUAAUGUGCUAAGCAAUGAGCAAUCGCCAUGGGAACCAAUAGAAUGUCUCUUGUCAUUUAGCACAUUGCUCUAGAAUAGCACUUAUCUUCCUCUGUAUAUUUCCCUCCUUUUGUUUGCUCUAUUGCAGACGUGCAAAUCCAAAUUAGAAAUGCUAUCUACAAAAUCGUUGGGUUCUCAUACCUGCAGUAUAGUAUCGGUAUGUAGAAUUAAGCUCUACAGACAGAGCUUUUGUUGUAUAAUAAAAUAUUAUUAGGCUAUACUUGGCCUUAUUGAGCAAUGUCACGUUAAGCAGGGUAAGGUAUUACAAUAUAAGACUGUAACUCAAUAAAGCGUGGUGAAGUUACACAUGACCAUGUAGGCAUAUAAACUGGCGUAUAUUAGAUGUUUUACACCUCGUUUAGCUGUUGUACAGCACUGCGGAAUAUCUUGGCGCUAUAUAAAUAAUUGUAACUAUAAUCAUGGGUAUUUGCAUAUUCACUCUUCCCUUGACCCCAAUAAAAGGCCAAAUUGUCCUCCUUGCUGUGACAUACAAUAUGUUUUCCAUACUGUUUGCCCUUAAGUUGUAGAUCAUGCUAGUAGAAUCAGGGAUAAAUAAGGGAUAAUUCAGGUGAAUUUUACUUUUUUUUAAAUGGCUUAUAGAUAAUCAAUUACAUUUUGCAAACUAAAUUGCCCCUUAUUUUAUAAAACCAAAUUUGCGAUUGCGAAUGUGAUCUUUGGCACACAACCCUCCCAGACCUUGCAGUAUAUAUUUAAUUGACGCUAAAAGGAGCAGUCUUAGAUGAUAAUUAGUGAGAAAGUAAAAAUUAAGAUUAUACUAUAUGCAAACCCUAUCCCCCCAAUAACUCUUUGAUAAAACAGCUAAAUGUUCUAGUCUACACAUUUUAAAUGCACAUAAAACCGUUUUAUUUGUCUUUUAUUCUUCAUAGUGUGCCUUUUAAGAUAAUGUAUUGAUGGUAGUUUUAUAUAUAUAUAUAUAUAUACAGUACAUAUUGUAUAAAUGAUGAUUCCCUUUUUUAGUAGGAGAAUUUAGGAUGACAUAUUCCAAACUGUAUUAGGAUGUUUAAUAUGUACAUUAGACAUAUUGCUCUCUAAUGCAAUUACAUUUUAAUAAUGGAAUUCAUUUAAUCCUAAUGGUCUAUUGAUUAUAUUUGUAAGACAUCAAAAUAUACUUUUGAACUGUAUAUCUCCUCUGUUAAAUACAUGUGAUUGUAUUGUACAUGCUCUCGAAGACAUACUUGAGAACAAGAGAAUGCUCAAUGUAUUCUCCUUUAUUUUAUUUUAUAAAUAACUAAUGUACACAGAUACAGCAAUGUGUAAUAUUCAUACACCUGAUUACAUGUAUACAUAAUAAUCUUUACAUUUUAGCUAAUUAUCUUGCAGGAGAUGUUAUACCUUGGUCAACCAUAAAUCUAUAGAUACAUUUAGCAACCAAAACCAGGUUUUUAUUUUUCUAACUCACAUUUAUCCUUAGAAUCCCAUCACACCAGAUGCACUGUUAUACCUGCCUCUUUUCUUUUUACAUUUGAACAGAAAGGGAAACUGGAAGGUUUCCAGGUCUAUCUGUAGGCAUUAGUUGUAACUGGGGAGAAAACCUUAAGCAGAUCAAUUUUCCUGUUUUCCGAUUAAGAGAAUGCGAUUGGUCAAAAUAAAGUCUCCAAAAUUUGAAUGUGCAUUAGAUCCUAUGGUGCAUUAGAUUCGAGUACGAAUGAUGAAUUAGAUUCGAGUCUGUUGUCUGUUGACAAAAAGGAAAACACAGUGCAAUAACACACAGUGCAAUAACACACAGUGCAAUAAGGCAAACUGCGCAUGCAUACUAUUCUCUCUUGCGUACCUAGUUGCUCCUCACUUUACGACAUACUCAGAAAACGACCACUCGGAGAUACAACAGGCUUACAAUGCAAAUUUGCCGAAGCAUCACUGAGACAGGAAUUCGAGACCUUGUACAUGAUAGCAGUAGUAUCAUCUUGUAAAAAUGCGCAUUAUAUUCGCCAGCUAAAAUAUUUUUUGGCUUCCGGGUUCCAAAACGUGAAUGUGCAUUAUAUUCGAUGACGCAUUAGAUUUGAGUAAAUACGGGUACAUAGGUUUAUUAUACACUCAAUUCAUUUAAACUUUUUUGUGUAGGCAAUUUGCAUGUUUUAAUUAAACCCAUAGUUUCUGCAGAUGGAUUACAUUUUUUUUACAGUUUUCUUUGAUUAAAAAAAAAAAGAGAGAGAUUUAAUUCACAUAAUUGAUUUUCAUUUUUUUUGGCCAUGAACUCGCAAGACAAUGAUUAAAGAAAGGAUGUUUAUAAGAAGUGUUCUUUUAUGAGGUUUUGAGUUAGUGUGCCUUGGGCGAACAGUUUAUGAACUACCAAUAAUAUUUUAUUCACUAAUGUUUAGAAGGUAUAUCACGGUGGGACAAUGCUAAAAACGAGAGUUCAGGUGUUAAAGUAAUUAGCUGCCGAACGAUAUGUUUGAAUUUAAAAUCAGAAUGACGUGUGAUGGAGCUAUCUCAGUGACAAUGGAACACAUUGAUAAUGGCUCACCAAAGUAUCUAGUGCCAGUCACAUUUUCCUAGUGAUUACCACCUCCCUUACUCUCUCUGUUCCCUUUCUUUUUUCUUUCUCCCAUACUCUUUAUCACUCUGUUUCAUGGUUUUAUUUUUUUAAAGAGUCGUUUUAGCAAUUUUCCUAAACCUGUGGGUCUUUGUUCUGCACUGCAUGCUGGGUAGGUCUUAGGACACCCCCAGGUAAUAAAUAAUAUUUAUUUUGUCAUGUCAAAGAAUUCAUUGGUUCUGGUUCUGCCAUAUUGUUGAAAUAUAUAUCAAUGAUGCUUUGUAUGUUUGGAAAUCAAAUUAACACAAAACCAAUCCACUGGGGGAGCCUGGCAUUUAAAGCAGUAUUCAGUUGAUCUUUGUUCUAUACUGGGUUAACUUGCAGUGCUAUAUAUGCUGGCAUCAGAGGACCAUUACAAUAUGCAAUGUAGGGUGGCUAUAGGUAAACGGAUGUCUCAUUGGGAAACCCUCAUGGAAAAAGUCACAGGAGUUACAAGUGUUAAGCACAAGAGUUACUAGUGAUUAGAGACUGAGUGAGAAAAAGUGAAAAUGAGUGUGAUCAUCGGUCUAGCCCCUCAGCAUGUAAAUCAUUUAAGACAACGUUGGUGGAUGGAGUCAACCCUGCCAUAAUCUCCAUAACUAGCUCACCUAUAUAGAGCUAUUCAUCUGUGUGACUGGCUAUGUGUGCGUAUAAGCAGGAUAUAGUUAUAGUAUUUAUUGGGGUGCACGUUAGAACGACAUCAUUUUCCUAUUUUAAAAGUAGAAAUUGUGCGUGAUACUUACUGUUCUACGAUCAUUUGGACCUGUUGUCAGUAUGGAUUGUAUUAGAAUGUUGGAGAAAGCAUUGCCACAUAUAUUUUUGAGAAAGCCCUGUCCACAAUGGUUUGGGUCAGUAAAUGGUUCAGAACCACUAAAGUUCUUUGGGACAUGGAGCAGAUUAUAACUAUGCUAAUACAGAUUAUAGUCAUGCUAAUACAGUUAAUAUAAACUUAAUCACACCCUCUUGCAUAUAUAGUAAAUAUUUCAAUUUUAUUUUUUUAAGGCGUUUUGGCACUAAGUGUACUGCUUGUCAGCAAGGAAUCCCCCCAACUCAGGUGGUGCGCAAGGCACAGGACUUUGUCUACCAUCUACACUGUUUUUCAUGCAUCAUCUGCAGUCGACAGCUGGCUACAGGAGAUGAGUUCUAUCUAAUGGAAGAUGGCCGACUAGUGUGCAAAGAGGACUACGAGACCGCCAAGCAAAAUGGUGAGAAACUGUUCACUGUUCCCACAUGCUGUAGAUUUUUCCCAUUUGAUUUGUAAAGAUAUCCCCAGGAGAUUUAAAAGAACACAGAAAAAGUUGAUUUUUCCCUGCUGAGACUUUUCUAAUAUAUGAAUUUUAAAGCCAUUUUAAAACCUCAAAGGGACAAUCUAAGCACCAAAACCACUUCAUCUUCAUAUAGUGGUUUUGGUGCACAGACAAAGCCCCGUUUGUCUGCAAUCUUACCUGUGCAAAAUGUUGUAUUAUUAUUAUUAUGUUAUUUAUGUUAUUUUACAUUGUAUUUUUACAUUGUAUUUAAAACACAAUACCAGGCAAACAGCAACUUGAGGCUCUUUCUUUAUAAAGGGACCCUACGGGCACCGAGACCACUUUAUAUUGAUGUCUUGUUUUAUAAAUAUAACAGCCAAUGAGCACACAUACAUUUUACUGUAACAGCCAAUGAGCACACAUACAUUUUACUGUAACAGCCAAUGAGCACACAUACAUUUUACUGUAACGGCCAAUGAGCACACAUACAUUUAGUUUAGAUUUUUUUUCUGAAUUUUGCUAACCCCUAUCCCUUAUCUUGAACCAUAAACUAUUCAAGGAGGUUUGGUCCAUUGAUCACACAGCUGAUGUAUUCUUCCCAGCUGGGUUAAUGACCAACGUGACAGUGCACAUCUUCUGCAUACAUAAAAUAGAUUCUAAAUUCUUUAUAAAGAUACACACGGUUAGUUCAAUCUCACCCACAUGGUACAGACCUUAAAAUAUAAAUUAUUAUUAAUAGUAAUUAAUAAUAAUUAAUAAUAUUAAUAGUAUUAUAUAAUACUAUAUAAUAAAUGACAUAGGAUUGUAUUUGUUUGUUUUCUUUACCAUUGUUGUUUGGUACAAUGUGUAUACAGUUGCCAUAUACCACAUAUUUUCCAGAACAGAUGUGCAAGAGAAGAAAUCAUUUUAUUAGUAAAUUUGAGCGGGAUCCCAAAGGAACCUCCAUGAUUACCCUUCAGUUCCCUAUUACAGCAUAGAAUUCCACAUACAGUAGGGUACCACUUGCUUAACACCUGAUUGGAAAGGUGCAUACAUGUCUAGGUAAACACUGUAGAUUUUAUAAACUAGAUUGGAUAAAUACUGCAGAGCCUUUAAAGUAAUAAACAGUUAGAUGAGUCAGUUAUUGGUAAAAAAAAAACAGCAUAGAUAGUGCUGCAAAACCCAUACUACACACUGCAGGAAAGGCUUUCAAUUCUACUGCUAGACGAAGCUUGAAAAUGUCUGUAGGUAUAGUUUUGCAAUAUCAUUACAUAUAAAAUGCAAAUAUGAACUCAAUAAAAUGGUGUGCUGUCUUGGAAACACAUUUUUAUGGUCAGUUCGUUCAAUGUUUCUUUAAAGAUGACUCAGAAGGAGGAGCUAAGAGACCGCGCACAACAAUAACAGCCAAACAGCUUGAGACAUUAAAAAACGCCUACAAGAAUUCUCCAAAACCAGCGCGGCACGUGAGGGAACAGCUGUCAUCGGAGACUGGGUUGGACAUGCGAGUUGUACAGGUGAAGAGAUAAGAAACACAAACACUCCCCAUAGCGGUCGACAGAUAUAUUAUUGGCUAAUAGUGAUAUAAAUGGUUUUCUGGGAAAUAGUUAGCCCAUAUAUUUUUUCUUUUAGUUUCGGUCUUCUUUUUGCUCAUGAAGUAUGUUCCCGCACCAUUUAGGUUUGGUUCCAGAACCGGCGUGCUAAAGAGAAACGCCUUAAGAAGGAUGCAGGACGUCAACGUUGGGGACAGUUCUACAAGAGCGUGCGGAAAUCUCGAGCUGGGAAACCUGGAAAAGAGAGCUCUACGGAAGACUGCGGCGUUAGCGACAGUGAACUCAGCUAUAGAGGUAGAUAAUAUUUUCAUCAAAAAUCAUCAUAAACAAAUAGUAGUAAACACACUUUUUUUAAUAAAAAGACCUUUAACAAUUAUGUAGAUGGUAUUUUUUUUCCUGAUGAAUGUGAUUCAAUAAAUUACUGGUAACACUUUCUAAACAAAAAGUUUAAAGUUACAAAAAAAAGCAAAAAUAAAUUUUUUACUUAAUAAAUAUUGAGCAGCUCCUCCUCUUAAAGUAGAAAGGACAGGAAACAGAAAUGAAUUUACAAUAAAUAAUACUACCAAUCCGUUAGAAGACAGGUUGGAAUGUAAUGUUGCCAUGGUUUCUAUUUUUCUGAUCCAACCAUGGCAACGGUUAACCAAAACUAUAUGUUUAACAAGAUGGAUAGAUUUUGCAAAGUGUUCAGAUAGCUAACAGGUACAAUUAACAUUACUGAGCUUCAAAAUGCAUCAAAGGCAGACAUACACAGUUUGUCAGAUUAGAAAUAGAGAGAGAGGGAGUAGUUGGGCUUAUCAGUGAUGCUAAUUGCAUCACAGGUGACGUACCUGCUCACAAAGGCGGUGUGCCCUGCCAGCACGGAUCCAGGGUAACAGGCUACCUGGCUGGGUAAUCAAUCAGAUACGCUCAAAUGCUGUGAAAUGCUGUAUUGUACUUAAGUAUUUUGGCUAAACUGUCCUGAAAAUCCCUCCGCUAAAAAUUCUGAAAUAUUGUGAACAGCUUAAACCUGCUAAGACAGUUUGAGAACAGAUGCUCAGGGAAGCAGUGCUUGCUCUGCCCAUGUGUUAUACAAAUUAUUAAAUAAACAGGAAAAAGUGGAAAAAAAAAACACCUACAAAACAAACAAAACCAGACUUUAGUCUUACAUGGUUAUUUUGAUCCCUUAAGAAUGUUGUUUUCCUAUUAUUCUUUAGAAAAUAUUAUUUACUGUGUUACCCCUCCUGGAUGAAAAGUCUACCGAGGGAAAAUAAAGCCAUUAACUCCUUAAAGAACAUGACAAGUCUGAUGUGCCCCAUAAUGAAGGGAUUGCCUUAUGCACGAUUCCCAAAUGAUUAAUAGAUCAGAUUAAAACAUCCGGGAAGCGAAUCAGAGGAGCAGAUCCAUUCAUACAACCUAUCAAUGUGAAUAAUUGUGAAUUAUAGUGAAUACUUACUUCCACAAAUACAAACCCAUGUAAAAGUGGUCAACUCAAAUGUAAAGCAAAAAAUUGUUUUGGCAAUUGGCAUAUAGUGUUUUUGAUAUGUUUGCAAACAAAUCUAUAGAUAAUCUAUAAUAAUUACUUACUUGUUUUCUUCUGUUGGGACCAGGGUUGUGUCUUCACACCUGCUUUGUGCGUUUAUACCAGCCCAUACACAAAGAUUAUAUGAGUCACAUAUACUGGAGCUGUGUGUCUUCACACCAUCUCAUAAACAGAGAUUAAAUCUAUCCCAUGCAUUAGAGGAGUAGAACCAAUCUAAGCAGCUGAGAUAGAAACAGAUGGCCUGUUGCAGCCGUGUAUUCCACUGGAAAAUUUAGAUUUUACGAACUAACAGCCUAAUUUACAUAAACCAGAUACGUCCUUAUGCACCCCAUGUACCAAAGUCAUGUCCUCAGUUUAGAUCAGUCCCUGGUCACUAAAAAUGUGUUCACCCAUGGAGCCACCUCUGUAAUUCUGCUCUUUAUGGAGUCUUCAGGAAAAAGGAGCUGAACCAUGGCUGGACCUACAAAAAUAUUGGCCUGGCUGGUGAGCUUAAAAUAUACUCUUGGCCUGCUAAAGCAAACUCCUUCUUAAUGGCCUUCAAUUACUUUUUGCUGUGAGGGAAGGAGCUACCUUUUAGUUAAUGUUGCCAUGGUUUGAACUGGAAAACAUAUUCAUACAUCUCAUCGACUAUAAGUAUCAAUACAAUAGCGAUAAAACCAUAAAAUAUAUUAUUCAUAAAUAAACAUUAUUUUUGUGUACAGUUGCAUCGUUUUGUUAUAGAUAUUACAUUGCUCAUACAUAACUCUUAUUUUUGAAUACAUUCAUUUCUGCUCAUGUACUGGAAUCUCGAGAAUACAUUUGUUGGCCAUUGAACUGUCUUUUUAUAGAGCAAUACGAGAAGCCAUUUUUUUUUUUCUACUUGCAAAAAAAUAAAAAUAAAAUCAGAGGCCGCAGUCAGGAUUUAGGUCUCAUUAAGAAAAAAAAAAUGCUUUUUUUAGGUUUCAUAAAAAAAAAAAAAAAUAAAUAAAAAGGACAAUAUAAACUCCCAAAAUAUGUGUAAAGAAUUCUCCUCAGCGAAUUAUCUAUGACUUAAAAGAAAUCACUUAGGGUUUUGUGAAUUAUGGCAGUCUGUGUUUUGAAUUAAUGAACUAUGGAAUAUUGUAAUAAAUCUUGUAUUUAUCAGCUCUUUUUUUUGUGCUGUAAGAAUGUUGUUACCUUAGCAGAACUGUCAGCCUUUGGUAGUAACAACAUGAUCUCUUCGCCUCCAGUAAAAACCAAAGCAAUAUUCCCCUAGUCCAUUUGUCAAAUACAGCCAUGAACUAGGCAAUCGAUCAAAUAAAUACGAACACUGAAGAAGCAUUAAUCAUAACUCAAGAUCAGCCAUAAACUGCUUUAUUAUGAUAUUUCUGUGUUUAAUAUCCAUCUGCUUAUAAUUCAAAUCACUAUCUACUAUUUUAUGCAAAAUUAAUAUCUUGAUUUUAGGGCAGUUGUAUUAACCACUGCUCUACCUAUUACAGCUUUUAAGCCAUAGACCUUUUGUUGCUGACAUUAUUUAAAAACAUCAGGGAUUUUCCAAGAAUUUCUCUGUACCCCACCUCCCAAUAUACUAUUAUUUGAAAAUUAUUUUAUAUGUAAAAGAUAUUGUUGAUAGAAUGUAAACUUAUUUGAGGGGCCUCGCCAUUUUCGAUUCUUGUACAUCCACCUUGUCUUGCUGCAUCUACUUGUUCGUUAGUCCCCCUAUUGUACAACACUGCAGAAUAUGUUGGUACUUUAUACAUAAUUACCGUAAUAAUAAUAAUAAUACCCUGAAUGUAUUUACUCAAUGAUCCAGACAUUGUAAUUGCUGAAUUAGGUAGCUAAAAUUUGAGGGCAAAUCAGCAGCCCUUGGACUUAAUUUGUAUGAUACGAUUUGCACUUUAGUGUGUUUUUUAAGACCUUGCUUCAUUUCCUUCAAGCAAUAAGGGAGGGGUGCCAGAAAGUUGACGUUUGAUGAAUACACGAAGCAGUGAUUUUUUUUUUUAUAGUUUAGUAUGCAUGUAUAUAUUAAAAUACUGGCUUAAUUCAUCGUUACUGCUUAUAACUGCGGGCUAGGCAUUGAACUCUUACACAGACCACUCAUGUUGCAGCAAACCUCACUUUGUAACAUAGAAAAUUUCCAACAAUGCUAAAUCCAUUGAUAAUUGUUGACGCAAUGGUCUUAUUUGGGAUGUUAUUGUCCUUUUAUUGCACUUUUUUUUUUUUAUUCUUUAUUUUUCAUUUUUGGUGCAUGGUAUUUAAGUUUCACAAACAGGUGUGCACGUAAGUGCUCCAAAAAAUGUAGUUUAAGUUUUGCACCAAUUUUGGGUCAGGCAGUAACAUAUUCAGGAAUAACAUUAAAAUGGUAAGCUUUUCAAGAUGCUCUGUCGGGGUAUGUCUGUAUGUUUUGUUUACCCUAGCGUAUAGGGUGAGGCAUUAUGUAUUGUGCCAGCACUUGCGGAUUGUGGGUCUGAUGGUGCUAGCGCUCCGUGUGUGCGUAGGGGAGUAGGUGCGGCUAUGGUGUGCCUGGGUAGCGCUAAAACCGUGUUUGUUAGGCUAGGUCUUUGUGUUGUGCUGGGUGAGUGAGUCUGUGUGCUAUGGUGGAGGGUCACGGGUGAUGCUUCUGGAUUGAUUGGUUAUCCCUAACCAAGGGGGCAGAGGGGGGGAGGGGGUUAGGACUGUGGACGCCAAGUGUUUGGGCACAGAUUGUGCUGGUUCUUGUGGUGUUGUCUAGUUUAUGUCCCCUAUGAUAUAGGGUAAGUGAGUCGUGGACCUGUGGUAGUGAAGCAUAGGUACAACAUUAAGCAUUAGUGAAGAAUAAAAUUAAAAUAAAAUAAAAAAAUAAAAACAAGACAAAAAAGAAGGGAAAAUAACAUAAAAAAUAAAGUAACUAAAUAAACAUUGAGGUCUCAACAUGGAAGGUAUGCCACUGUUUUGUUGGUAAGGCUGGAGGUAUCAGUCCACACCCUUCACGGUACAAGGUCUUGUGAUCCGCUGGGUCCCGGUACGAACGGGGUGGUAUUCUCAGGAUCCCAGACCAUCAUCUGCAGUCUGUCCCGUGACACAUUCGUGGAGCUGGAUAGUCCCAGGGCGUCUAGGAGGGGUGUUGCUUCCUACACUGAAGUUAGAACAUGUGUGGUUCCUUUGUGGGUCAUCUCCAGAGUCCCGUUGGUGCCCCACCUGUAGGCUAUGUUUGCUGAUCGUAGCUGUGUGGUGAGCGGUCCAUAGGAUUUGCGCCACAGGAGGGUAGCUUUUGAUAGGUCUUGGAAGAAUGUUAAAGAGGAAUUCUCAAACAUCAGUGGUGUCUUGCCUUUCAGCCCCGCCAUGAUGUGUAGCUUGUCUUGAACAGUGACACAUCUGAGGAUGACAUCUCUGGCUGGUGGGGUUUUUAGGUGUGGGGAGCUGGGUAAGCGGUACACUCCAUCCAUUAUGAUUUGCUUUAUGAGUGUGUGUGGAAGCACAGUAGUCAGUAAGUGCCUGACAUAAUGCGGCAGCUUGUCGGCCGGGAUCGUCAUGGGUAUGCCCCGGAUUUAAAUAUGGGAGCGGCGUUGUCGGUCUUCCAUGGUUGACAUUUUGAUUGCCAUGUAGGUGUGUUGUUGCUGGAGUUGUUUGAUGGUUUCGUCCAUCUGGUUCAUGUGAGCGUGGACUUUCACUGCUUCUUCUUCCGUGGCUCUCACCCUUUCUGUGACUGUGCGUAGUUCAGUCUUGAGGAUGGCUGAGUCAGCUGCCAGGAGUUUAUGGAUUUCUGCUAAGAGGAUUUUGAGGUCACGUUUGGUAGUUGGAGCUGAGUCAUCCGUGGACUCCGGUGGCAGUGGCUCUUGUGAGCGCCCGGGUGAGUCAGGCCUGUGCUGAGUUGUAGUGUGUGCCCUCUCCGGCUGCAGUGUCUGGGGAUGCACCUGAGAGUCAGAGCUCAGGCUUGCCUGGAUUUGCGGCCUUGCAGGUGGAGGUGUCUGGGGGAAGCUCAGAGGGGCCAGGAUCUGGUUGCCUUAUGCUAGGUGCCUUAUCCGGCUGUCCUGUCUGGGGUAAGCCAGUUAUUUCAGGGCUCUGCUGGGCUGCAGUGGGUGCCUGGACAAGGUUUAUUGCACUUUUUAUUAACAGAUAUAUGACUACAUAGAGGAGACAACAUACUAUUAACUGCUAAUAUGUUGAUUUGUUUGGAUCUUUUAAAAAAAAAAUGUUUAAAUUCUUUAUUUAAUCCAUCGUCAGACAAGAAAUGCAUUUAUGAGUCGUAAAGGUGUACACAGACAUAUUCGAUACAAGUGGCAACAGUCAAGAGAUACAUAUUUCUGACCAUUGUUUUUACAUAUUAUAUAGCAUAGAUCAACUGUGUUAAUGCCAUGAAGGCAAUUGUGAGGUGCAAUAAGGAUACACAUCGAAAACCCAGUUAGGUUAAUAAAGUGAACGGUUGAACCAUACAAGUAACUUAUCACGAGAAGUAGAAAGCUCCUCUAAUCAGAGUGUUGUAGGAACUUAAAUGAAUGGGGGGGGAGGAGGAGGGUAGGUGGCAACAUUGGAGCUAGCAUUUCUGGGAGAUCCAUGUAGGCCUCAACAUUAUGGACCUGAGGUCUGAAAAAAAGGAGAGUUCCAUAUCUUCAAAUAGGUAUGGGUUUUUUCCUUUUAGCAUUCAUGAAGGCAGUUUUGUCUUGUCCAUUUUGAAAUUGUAAAAGAAGAUCAUUGGUAUGUAAAGCUUUAGUUAGCUGUGGUUUAUGGAGUCGGAACAUACCAUCAAGUAGAAUGCCUUUUGCCUAUCUCGGGGGUAAGAGUGCUGUAAAGAGUCUCCAAGUGAAGUGGGAUAGUUCUCCUGUGGUGAUACUGUCAGCUAUUCCUUUUAUCUUGAGGUUUUUCCACCUCCUUUUGUCUUCCAUGGCUGCUAGUUGGUGGUAGUUAGGGUAGCUUGGGAGGUGGUGAGGUCACUGACCUGUUUUUGGAGCUCUAAUACUUGAGCAGUGUGUGUCUGUGUGUUCUGUUCCACAUUGGCAAGGCGUGAGGUGAAUUCCUUUACACCAUCCCUGACCUGAGAGAUCUCUGCAGAGAGGUUGUCAGCAGAUUCGUAAGUAUUGCUGUAGUGACAGGAAGGGAUGUGCUUGCCGUCGGUUGCGAGGGUCUAGGUGGACCUCUAUAGCCCAAAUCCUCCAUGUUGUGGAGUGAGGGGUCAUCAGAUAGAUCUGAGAAGUCAUCCAGAUCUGCAGCCAUAUUGGAUCCCGUCGCGCCAUGCAGCCUCCGCACUAAAUCCCCGAUUUUCACAGUAAAUCUGGCCCGAUCAGGCCGGGACUUCUUGGACUUUCGCCCCAUCAUUACAGGUACCUGGUCCCAAUUGUCAGCUCCCCUGUAAUGCGGCUCGUGGUGCUCGAUUUUGGGCUCUUUUGUGCCGCCGUACUGGAGCUCGGGUUGAGGGCUAGCUCCACCCCCUGUUUGGAUCUUUUUAUUAAGUCUUUAAUACCUCAUUCAUAUUUAAAUAAAUGUAUCUAACACACUUCUUUUUUGAAAAUAACAGAUUUAAAACAAAAUUGUUUAUUCUCUUUGGAUAAAUAUAUAUAUAUCCCAGAAUUAAAUGCAUAUUAGAGAGAAGCUGUAAUAACAGGCUCCCUAAUCUAAAAAUUUAAAAUGUUGGCUUUUGUUGAUAUUUCUACAAUAAUUAUUUGAAUUUGUGACACAUGUAUCAAACAGUUGUAUGAGCUAUUGCACCUAGAUCAGAGCUGUUGGCCCAAUGAGAGCAUAACUCUGUCAGUAAAUUGAACUCAGACGGGUCUAGAUUGAUGAACGAGAUAUUUUUGAUUAAUUAGGCCUUGUGGUAAAAGCAGUUUCCUUUAAGUCAACCACAUGGAGAUAGAAUUGCUAAACUCUAAAUAUUGCCAUUUUAAUGGUACAGAAAAUAAAAUAAAGUGGUACAAAAAAAAUAAAGUAAAUAUACAGAGUUAAUAAUUCAAUAAAUGUGAAAUAAAGAAAAAUUUUAAAUAGAACACUGUUCGUAAAUAUUCAUAUUCAUAACAUUCAUUAAAGUGAUGUAGUAAUAACUGGUAAAUUAAUCAUUGCAUUUUCAUUCCUUUGUGGUCAUAUCUACAUAUAUUAAAUUGGUAGUAGUGUAUACUUGUAGUGAUUAACACUCUUUAUAUGUGUUUAGUCUAAAACCCAGUUCUGUAUCCCCCACAGAUGACCAGAUCCUUUCUGAACUUGGAUCCAGUGGCAUUUACAGUGCAGGAGGGGAUCUUGUGAGUGGGCCUCUGGUGAACGGGGGAUUCACGAUGGAUGGAACAGGACAAUCAUACCAAGACCUUCAUGAUGGUAGCCCCUAUGAGAUACCACAGUCUCCUGCUUCUAUUUCAUCACUUCCUUCACAUGGGCUUCCCUAUAGCAUGGACAAUGCAGCUGGGCUUCUAACCCACCCACCCCACAGAUCAUUGCCUGCAGCUCCCACCUCUGACAUCUCCACAGGAAGCAGUGUGGGUUACCCAGACUUUCCUACUAGCCCGGGUUCAUGGCUAGAUGAGAUGGACCACCCUCCAUUUUAAAUCUAAAGUUGGGCCCCAUCUUUUAGACCAUGGUUGAGUUUGCCAAACUCUGCAGACACCACAUUCAGCCUUUGGAAGUCUCUUGAGCCAGUAUCAUGCUCCCCAAAAUAGGACAAUCCAAGUGGACAGUGCAUCGACCAUAUUAACAUUGGAACUGGUGAGAAAAAGUUAGAAACUCUCAAAGACAAUGACCAGCAACACAGUGUACUGACAAAAUGGAAUGUUUGCACUUUUGGGGGUUAUGUGUCUCCCGACCUAAUCAUGGGGGAUCAACAAACAUAGCUUUCCACACCUCUGAAGGAGUAACAUUACACCCUACGCAUCGAUAUGUGUGUUGUCUUGCAGCUUGAGGACAUCAUCGGCCUCCAUGUUCCUUUUUAAAGGUGUAGGGAAGAAGUCUUGUACACGCAACUGACAAUCUAUUUCCUUCACAAUGCAGCAUCUAGCGCAUGUGGAUCUGAAUUGUAUCUUUCUGAAUAAAUGUAGGAGAGUGAAAUUGUGAAAG